AAAAAAACAAGCUCACAACACAGAGAUUUUCAGAGAGAAUGAGACAUCCUGGAGACCCUCGAUAGGGGAGGUGCUUAGGAAAUUCAUGAGUCUCCUUUAGCUGAUCCAUUUUUGCCCCUGGAGAGGCUUCCUGCAGGACGCUAAAUGCAUAAAACAGCAUGCUCUAAACAGUCAUGCUGCCUCACUACGCAACCCUCACCAGGAAGAUAACGGAUAUACAAGAAAGAGGAAUGUUACUAGCUGCACAUGUUUGAGUCCUCUUCUCAAUCUAGCUGAAGGAAAGGACACUGAAUAAUUUGGAACAGCAGAUGAUUAUAUCCUUUUCAAAAAGAAAAACGCAGAAUCUGAAAAUGGACCACAGAGCCAGCAGCAGCUGAGACAGAUCUGCCUGACAACUUUUUAACCAAGCUUGGGACUCAACAAGAAACUGGGACUCAACUCCCACCCCACCCCCCCGCCAGAUUCGCACAUGUCAGUGGGGCACUGACUGCUGGAAGACGCUAUCUAGAUAACCUUCGCUCUUUAACAGCGUUUGAUCUUCUGAUUUACAAAGGAGAAAAUGUGGCGGCAUGUUUGCUUUAUUCUGAGCUGCAAUCUCGCUCUCGUUCUGGGAUUCAACUCCUUUAGGAAAAACAUAGAGACCCUGGGCAAAAAGCAGUACCAAGUCCAGCAUGGCUUGUGCAGCUACACUUUCCUAUUGCCUGAAACAGAAAAUUGCCGUUCUUCUUCUUCUACCUCCUAUGUUUCCAAUGCAGUGCAGAGGGAUGCACCUUUAGAUUAUGAUGAUUCCGUACAAAGGCUCCAACUUCUUGAAAACAUCCUGGAGAACAACACACAGUGGCUAAUGAAGGUAAAAAAACAACCUGUAUUAUUUCUAUCCUACAUGCGGGUUCUUGCAGCAGCACAAUUUGCUGAUUUGUUGUUUUCCCUUUUGACGAGUGAGUACAUUGAGUUGCGGAACAUUUCAUUCACUUGCUCUUGACAAACAACUUUGUCGAAAACAUUUAGUACGACUGCAUGCUAUUUACAGCCAUGUGAAAAAUCCAGCGUGAGGAAUUUUGUUUCCUGAACUAGAGCAACGGGCUAACUGAUUUAUUUGUUCUAAAAUAUUGCACCAUGUUUUUCAGGGAGGGGAAAAAAAAAAAAGCUUUCAAACCUGUAUGCUAUGAACAGCUAGAAACAGCUUCUUUGUUUCUAUCCAUAUUAUAUUUUCAGAAUGACAUGCGGCGGGUGCAAGCUCACAUGCACGCAACUGUCAGAUAUGCAGGGUUUCAUACGUGGAAUUUACUUCCAGUUAAAUUUGCUUAGCACUGCAGGCAACAGUUAGCAUUAUUAAGGUCUGAUUCACACCAUGAAAAAAUAGCAGGAAGCCCAAUUUUACACUGUGUGUACCCAUAGCCUAGCGUAUAAUGUGCAAGGAGGGAUCAUUCUUGUGUAGAGGCUGUGAAGAAUCAAAGUUAAUUGUGGCUUCCUACAGUGUGCACGUAUGAUUUAAAAUGAGAUAUGCUUGAGUCCCAAAGAUUUGAAUGGGACUUUGGCAACGGUAUUCUUGAACAACAGCUCUGUGGACUGGCGCAGAAUGUAUCUGUGAAUAUUAUUUUAAUCAUUUUGAAUGUCUUAAGUUACUGACUUUGAUACAGGGAUUCAAUUUUGUGUGUGAAAUAACGUUACUUUGGGUGGCGUCUGGAUUAACUAUUGUUUUGUUCUAAAAGUCUCUGUGUAAUUCCUGCACCACUAGACUAUGAUGGAUUAAUAUGUGAUAAUUGGUUAGUUACAAACAAAUGGACUUGUGAACAAGCAUCCUACAUUGAAAAAGCUAACAAAAUCACUUUCUAGACUAUCGAACAGUUUAUCUAGACUGUAUGACAGUUCAAUCUAUUCAUGUUUACUCUGAAGUUGAGAUUUACUUCAAAGUAAGUGUGCAAAGGAUGGCAUCAUAGACAAACUGAACAGAUAGUGCAGCUUAACUGCAUGAUAUCCUUGCAAAGUCACAUGAUACAAGACAUGUCUUCUGAGGAUGAAAUACAUGCGCUGAAAACCUAAGCCUGCUGAUUCAGAGGUAAGGUCCCAUUAAGUUCAGUUAGAUUAAUUCUCUAGGGUUCUUGCUAAGGACUGAAGCUUUAAAGGAUCUCAUUCAAUAUCUCAGUAUAUUCAUUAGAGAAGGCUGCAAAUACUUAGAGUACACCUCACUAAUGCAGCAUCACAAAAAAUUAAAAUCAAUAUAGGCCCUGUUUGAAGCUUUUAAUCAAACAUGUAUUAUGAGCUGUUAUUGCAGACUAAUGUGUCCCACACCUUCCUAUGAUAAGAAGCAGAUAAGAUUAUAAAGUAACACUGAACAGUUAUGUGAGAGAAUUUAAAACUGCAUUUAAUAAUCUAAAAUAUGCUUUGGGGAAGGUUGUUUAAAUAGCUGUGUAUCUAGCAGAACGAUCCUAGGUACCGGUAUGUCCUUUCAAAAGUAUGUCUGUCCUAUUGAGUCAAAUGAGACCUUACUUCCCGAUAGAUGGGAAUCUUAUACAGAUUAUUUUAGAGCAAAUCCCAUUGAACAUCAUGAGCGUUACUUCUGAGUAGGCAUUGGUAAGAUUGAACUUCAAGCUGCAAAAUGUUUACCAUAAAUGUCAUGCCACCAUUCAUAUAGACAGGUAGGUAGGUAGGUAGACGGAUAGAAAAUGGGUUUCAGAACCCAACUUUAUGUCCAUUGUUUUUAUAUUUACUUAAAUAACAACACUGAAUUACAAAAAAGUUUACUUUCCACACCCCCACCCUUUUACUUUAAGUAAAAAACUAAAAUAACUAGGAGAGUCAGGAUCAAUUGCAAGACUGCCACAACACAUUUCUCAGGUCAGCAAUUUUAUUUAUUGCUUUUUCCUAUAAAUCUCUGGGAAUUUCUUUAUGACAAGCACAUUCAGCAUAGUCAUUAAAACCAGGUACUUACUUUUGGAGGUCAGUCAAUUCAUUUAAAAAACAAAUAAACAUUCUAUUUCUACAUUUUAUCAACUGACAAUGCAAUUGUGCAGAAGUAAGGUCCAUUGGGUUAAACGAAACCCUAACUUUCUAUUGGAUGACACUGGUUUUGUGUUUGGCUUGUCAUUCCUUUAACAUAGGGCACUUAGGCUAUCUUACCCUCAUUAUCCUCAAGCAACUUAGGUCCCAAACUGUUUUCCUAAUGAAACCUAGUAAAUAAGAAUAACAUGAAGAAAAAUCCAUAGGGAUCAUUCCAAUUCAUUAUUUAUAAACUCUUUUACUUAUGCUAAGGCAAAUGAAUGUACAUAACACAUGGAUGCCCUCGAAUGCCACUUUGUAACCAUUUCAACCGGUUCUGGAAAAUCUGACAAAUUUAAUUUUCCCUUUUUCCUUUGGUGAGCCUUUCUAAACCCUAGGAACCACUUAUUUUUGAAGGGUGCUUGAAAUAACACUGCCAGCAUAAAAAUCUUUCUAGCACCAGUUAUGCACAAAAUCUUUGUUUCAAAUGCAUUCUACAUCCUCACACAGUAUCACAUUUCCCACCUUCAAUCAGUCAUCAAAAGGAAAUGUUAUCUUUCUGAAUGGACACCAAACUGUCUGAAUGGAAGAGAGUGGAAAUCACUGUGGAUGCCUCACAAUCACAAUAGGAAGCUGGAAGGUGUCAGAGUUGCUGUGCAUUCCGGAAACUAACAGAAAACCAAGGCCAGUGUUUCAGACGUUCCUAGAAAACCACAACCACCAUGGAAGGGCUUGCAGUUAAAAUGAGAUUACUAUUAUUAGCACACCACUUUAUCUUCCAAUAUCUUUUAAAACCCCUUUUCUAAAAAUACCAAUUUGUCUGACGUCUGAGCAAAACUAAUAUCUGGCAUACCAAAAGAACAGGCUAAUUUCAUACAAUAUGUUCCAGCAAAUCACAAUUCAAGAGGAAGUAUAAUCCUAUAAUGCAUAUAAGAUUCUGCACCACAAUAGUCCUUUGAAGUCUGCCACAACCCCGGAAUUUUCCAUUUUUAUUUAAGUCUUCCCAGUAUUGCAGGAGAAAAACAAAGCCUGCUUGAGUUUGUUAUAGGCUAAACAAUCUAUUACAUUCCCUUGUAAUCAAUUUCUAAAAUACUUGAUAAUAUAAUGUUGUUUCCAAGAAACAACUAUUGCUAUUGUGAGUCUACAGUUGCAGUAGGUUCAAGAUAUGGAAAAAUGAGGCUUUUACCCUGGUGUGGUUUGCAAACAGGUACAGCCAUUAAUUUGAUUCACAGCUGCUUCACAGAAAUAGCCUAACAUAUCAGACGAAGGGGUUGACAGAUCUGAUGGUCGUGUAGUUACAUUAUUACAGCUAGGAAUGUUGACAAAUGAGAUGCGCUGCCCUCUCAAGAGAGGCAUGAAAUAGUUAAAGGUUAUCUGUGAUGGAGAAUAAACUAACUUUCCGCUAGCUGUUCUGAAAGGACCGUGCAAACCAACUGUGGAGAUGCCCACAAAAUAAUGGCUCAAGAAAUCUUUGCACACUCUCUCACACAAACUUUAUUCCAUGUACAUAAGCUUACAUAUAUACACUCAAACUGGCCAAAUGCUGGCAAAUAUGCCUCUACUUCCCCAAACCCUACACCAGUGGUGUCCAAACAUUUUUCAAAGAGGGCCAGAUUUGAUGAAGUGAAGGGCCGUGAGGGCUGACCAAAGGGCUGACUAAAGUUGUUAACUACAGUGUGGUUGAGCUUUUUUAGGAUUGAAGUUGUUGAGGUUUUUUUUUUAGGGUUUAAGUUGUUAAGGUUUAGGAUUUUACCCCAGGAAAUUAACUGCCACAGGGGCCGGAUUGAACCAACCAACAGGCUGAAUUAGGCCCCCGAAACGGACUUUGGACAUGCCUUCCCUGACUGACACUUAGCUGUGCAGAUUCACAUUCUCUUCUGUAGGCCCGUUUCCCUCCUCAUUCAUGUCUGUUAUACAGAGGAACCUUUGCCCCUCGCCCAGGCUCUUGCCAUUUCCUCUCCCUAACAUCUCAGCGUAACGUGUAUUACAAUAAUAUUGCUUUCCAUGCCGUUAUUAUAUCCUCUGCUGAACAUCAUUGAUAGGGAGCAUGUAAUUAAAAGCCACGGGAUGCAUUUGUAGUAUUCAAGGGAGGUGUUGGUGUUGCUAGGGAACCUGUUUAUUUAUCAGCAUGGAAGGCACAGCAGCUGCUUGUCAGUUAGUGCAGGGCCUUGUAAUCAAAGGAGUGCACAGGAUGAGACUGGCAUAAUGGUUGCUGACGAUGCAAAGGUAAAUGAAGGGUCUGCAUGGGCUGCCUUGCUGGAAAUGCUCUCCUCUGUAGUUUUGACGGGAGAGAAGCAUUUGGGAGAUCUCUCACAGGGAGAGCAACCUAGCCUAUUCACAACCUUGGUUUCAUAUUCCACAAAGUAUCUCUCCUACCCUGAGUGGUGAAAGUGGCUUUCUGAAGGAGGGCUAGCAAUGGAUCAAUUAAAUACCACUUACAUCUUAUCAGGCAAUAGUCAGGCAAUAGUUAGCACAUUUCGCAUGAACAGUGCCAUGCUUGGCUAGCCCCACCUCCAGACAUGCUGGCUUGCCUUAACUAUCUCUGCAUUCAGUGGACCAGGAACCCAAUCGUGUGGAAGCCUUCACAUAUAUCUGCAAGCUUUCUUGCUGCAGACUUUCAUGCCAAAUGCGCAGACAGCAGGGGACAGGACAAGUCAGCAUGCUUGAUGUCAGGGGUGGGACUAGCUGGCAUAGCCCUGAUCACAAUUUGAUCAGUGAGCGGGGAAUAGAGAAUUCAGCUAUUUGCAGAGACUGUUGUCUUCUGUAAGAUUUCAGAAGCCAGGUCCCCCCGGAAGCUUUAAAAUGCACCCCCCUGUCCAUAGCAAAUGCAAACGCCUUAGCAAAUGCAAUUGACCUGUGCCAGCUUUUGUUUAUAAUCAUUCUGGCAUCUAGGACAAAGUGCCUUUAAGCAUGAAUAGAGUUCCUUCCACUCCAAGAUCUUGUUCUCUGGAGGCCUUAGGUAUUACAACACCCUACAGAACCUGUGUCAAAUACUUAAAGGAUUUACUACUCCCUUCCCGUCGAAGAGCCUUUAUGCUCGCGAGAUUAAAUGCUUUCCCUUCUGCAGCAACUAAAGGCAGAUUCUCAUACACUCCAUAUCAAGCCCGUUUGUGUGCCUGCAACCAAGAAGUACCAGAUUCAAUGGAACACAUUCUCUUAGAUUGCCCUUUACAUAGCAGACCUUGCCAACUGAUGCUGAGUAAAAUGUUGGACCUCUGGCCCACAACCCAGAGGAGAAAUCAAAUGAGGUUUCUGCUGGCAGAUUGGGACAAAGAUACCACUGCUCUAAUAGCUUCCUUUUUAGCCACAAUUUUGCCUGAAAGGGUUCCCAACGAACCAUCCCUUCGGGAAAUAGACCCUAUACCCCUUGACAGCUUCAACCUUGUCCUUUAAUUAUCCCAGUGAUCUGAAACGUUUUAUAUUGUGAUGCCAAUAAAGGUACUUGACUUGACUAGAGUUCCUUCCGCCUAAAGGAAGUUUAAGAAAAGAAAAAUCUAAGGACAAUAUUCAUUUUUGCCCCUGUCUCAAAGGUGGCUUGGGAUGUGAUGGACAGGCAGUUGUUUGACUAAUGCAUAUGAAGCUCUGGUUCUGCAAUGAGACAGCUGGUUCAUCUGCAUGACUUCUGGGAGAUCAACACAGCUGUAUGCAAGGUCACCAAAUGCACACUGCCACACAGCCCAGGUCAUCUCCUUGGUUCUUUUACAGGUGACGCUGUGUGCAGCAACACAGCAUGCAUUUGGGAUGCAAAGCACAGGGUAUAGGAGUGCCCUACACAAAUGUGCAAUCAUCAUUCCCCAGCUACCCGGCAGUCUAGACCAGGACCACUAUGCUGAAUCUCUAACGGGCUCGUCUCCUGGUGUUCCUGAAUGCCAAAGGCCUUGUUCCUGUUUAGAGAUGCUCGCUAAACAGUUGAGAAAAUGGACAGCAACAAGCUCACUUGAGAAAGCUGGCAGGCUGGUUAUGUCCACUCUUAAAUCAGGGAGCAUGACCCAUGACUCCUGCAGAUCUCCAGAAGACGUUCAUUCACUCACACACUUGUACUAUUGCUGUCAGGUGACAUCAAAAUGCAGUAAUAAGCAAGGCUGCUACCAGAGGCACCAGCUUGCAAGGGCGAUGGGAGGGGGGUGAUGUCACACACAUGGUGUCUGGAUGCUGGGAGGAGCUAGGGACAGAACCAAACCUGGUGGCCACGCAGCUUCAGCACCCAUUGGCUCAUCCUCCACCUCCUCUUGGUGCCAUCACUGGCAGGAGACUGCUUCAACCCAAGGAGCUGGCCACUGGAGCUGUGCCACAAUUGGCUCUAUACUUUUGGGGCAUGGGGGGGCCCUACUCCUGAAAUAUAGACAAACCCAAAAGGACUCAGCCCCCAGGAGCUGAUGCCCCUGGCUGCACACUCAUUCUUGGCUACAUGGAAUAUCUGGAAAUAAUUCCCCAUGCUCGGAGUAACAGGCAGCCAGCUGGGGAGGAACUUCAGUUCAAUGGUAGAGUAGAUGCUUCACUGUCUCACAUUUAAUCACUGGCACUUCCCAGUAAAGAAUCUCAGAUCACAGGGCUGGGAAAGACCUUGGAGAGGGCACUGCUAGUUAAACCAGACAUAGUGAGCUAGAUAGACAAUUGCUCUGACUCAGUUAUCAGGCAUGUUCAUCUGCGUUCAGCAUUUGACUGGCUUCCCUGCCAUACUUUGAACUGUUCUGUUCAAAAGCACAGAACUGAGAACAAGCACAACCUCCGGCAAACUUUUCAUUCCCCUGUUCCUUUGCACAUGGAAGGUGAGCUUAUUUAUGACAAUUAUUGAUGGAACUGCCAUUCAGACAGAUGGAUCAAUGGCAACAUCUCACUCAGUUGCGCUCCACGAAGGAGCUCCUGUGACAAAACCUAAAAUGACUGGACCAAAGUUCAACACACCCUAUUUUAGAUCACAAAAUAGACCUCUGGGCUUGUCCAGCUUUGUGGGAAAACAUUCUUUUUUUCAAAAAGUAUUUUAGUUAAGUUGUGCAAGAGCUUCUAGUUAAAACGGCUGCAUACAAAAAUUCCAAACAACUGAUGUGUACAGCAGAAGGCCCUUUUUAUAAAAAGCAGUUUUAGCCUGGAAUAUAUAUUAUUAUUUUUUUUACUUUAAGCUCUUUUUAUAAUGUCCAUUGGCCAGUUUGCUUCCUGAGUGGAAUAGGCUCACUUAACCGGGCAAACUUUAGAUGCUUUGAAAAAACUGAUGUAAAUAAAUCACUGACCUUUUCAAAUCCUUUAAUAGUCUAAUGGAGAAAAUACAUACCAUACUAUACAGCUAUUACACUGUUACAGUACAGCUGUUAAUAUCAUUUUUAGUGUUAACAUAAUUUUGAGAUCUUUGAGAUGUGAGGAGACCCCACAGGCCAAUCCGUUGUGUGUUAAGCUCCACACUACCAUAAAAUUUAUUAGCUAUGAGACAAAAUAGUUCCAGUGGUUUUUAUUUCAAAUCAUUGUUUGGUGUGCAAGAAUGAGAGAUAGCAUAACAGAAUUCAACAGCAGGUAGAAGUGACCUGUUUCAAGUAGCACCAUAGAGGCGGGAGAAAUAGAUGAAGGCAGGAAUUGGUGUACAAAUAAUUUGGUGAGAUUUGAAAUUAUUCUAGUGGGUGGAGGCUUCCUUCAGGGAGCAAAAUUUAUUUCUAUUUAUGUACUGUUUUCAAGUUAUUACUAUCUUUUUUAUAUAUAAUUUUUUCUUAAAAUGACUUCCCUUCCUCUCUUUCCAUGGUUCAUUUUGCAUAUCAUAAAUCCCUGCAUCUUUUACAUAAACUAAACCAUUCAGUAUUCCAUUAUUACAUCCAUCAAAAUUUAUUUACACUGUUGAAUUUAUCUUAAGGCUGCCAACAUUUUCAAGUGUACACAAUUCCCCCCCCCAUAUAUUCAAUAAACAUUUUCCAAUCUUCUCUAAAUGUAUGUUCUUCUUGUUUCUAUAUGUUAAGUCUGCAAGCUGCACAUAUUCCGUCAGCUCAAGUUGCCAUUCUUCUUUAGUUGGGACCUCACUCGUUUUCCAUUUUUGGACUAACAAAACAUGGGCCGCAGUAGUGGCAUACAUAAAUAAUCGUUUUUGACACCUGGGAAUUUCAUUCUGGAUUAUCCCCAACAGAAAUGAUUCUGGUUUUUUUUUUUUUUUUUUGGAAAGUACUUUUAAACACUUUUUUCAAUUCAUUAUGGAUUAUUUCCCAAUACUCUUUUACACCUUUACAGGUCCACCACAUAUGAAAGAACGUUCCCUCUACCUCUUUGCAUCUCCAGCACUUAUCUGAUUCAGUCUUAUAUAUCUUAGCAAGCCUAACUUAGCAAGUUAUUACUAUCCAUUUAUUAUUUCUAUCCCAUCUUUCUGUCAAGGAGCUCAAGGCGGCAUACAUGAUUCUCCUGCUUCCCAUUUCAUCCUUAUAAAGAGCUCUGUGAAGUAGAUUAGGCUGAGUGAUGGUGACUGAACAAAGUCACCCAGAGAGCCUCAUGACUCAGUGGAGAUUUGAACCCUGGUUUCCCAGGUCCUAGUCCAAUACACCCAAAUGUCAUCUGGAUGCUGUGUCAGACAGCAAGAUGUCAGCAACGCUGCUUCCCCCUGUCUACCAAUAAUCCUCCACGGUGAUGCAAAACCAUUAGUGAUUAUUUUUAUUCAAUCUUCCUUUGAGCUGGUCUCCGGCCCACAGUUAAAGAAAGUACUGUUGUCUCUAGCUGACAGUACCACCAAAUGCCACCAACCACAUAUAGUUUUCAAUAGCACGAAAAUGUUCAGCUUUGAUUCAUGCCAUCACAAGUUGUGUGGAUGGCGAUUUUGACCUUAGAAACCUCUCUCUUUCUAUACAAAGAGGGUAUCUAGGUGAUUCAUUACACAAUAUAUGAGUCUCUGAGCUGCACAGCAAGGUACACAUUCUUAAGAUAUGGGCGUAUAAAAACUUAGCAAAAUCUGGUAGAAGAUGACCAAGCGGAGAAGAGGUAAAAAAAUUCCAGAACAGAUACAUAAUGCAUAAGAAAGCCUGUGGAAAACAUUUGCUCUCUUAAAAAAUACUUCAGUUCAUUGGCACAUAUCCCUUGUCUUGAGAGUUUCUUGACUCUACCUAGUUUCUGUUGAAUUGGCCACACAACCAGAGAUUUUGAGAAGCAAAUGGUCCAAUGCAACAAGCAUCUACAGAGCAAAUAAGGCUCUAGGAGGAAGCACCAAGGUUAUGCCACUGCGUGACUUGGGCUAUUUCCCCCACAUUGCCAAGGAUGCUUCACUGUCUGACACCGUGCAAAUGUGUCAUAUAGAAUUGGACAGAGAAAAUGCAUGGAGGUGGUAUCAAAGAUGACCCGGAUUUGGAUAAUCAGAACAUACUGAGGGAGCUUGGUGGUGGGGAUCUUACUCCCAUGGCAUCCUAACAUUCGUACACUAAUUAGUAACCUUCCUACCUAACUGUAAAUAAACUUUAAACUGGACAAUAUUGUUAUUUUGGGGUUUCAAUAAGUUGAUAAUGCAUGGUGUUAAAGAUGGCCUUAAGUACUUUGUUGCAGUGACUCCAUAUGAUCAUAUAGAACAAGACAAUGUGUACAAAGUCUGGUUUUAUUGUACAGGGUGAUUCAUAAUGAAGCAUACAGUGCUUCAUUAUGAAUUACCCUGUAUUACAUAUCUAACAUAUAUUAAUUUUAUAUAUUCUGCUUGGUCUGUGUGGCUUCAGAUGCCAUUGGAAAUGACCGGGUGGAGGCUUUGAAGCUUGCAUUUAUUAGGGAAGGAAGUAUAUUUUUCAACAGCCAGAUCCACUUAUUCCCUUAUUAGAUUGAAUCCUAUCAGACCUCUGCCCCAUUUCUUUUUAAAUUAUUUAUUGCCUAGAAACUGUAGAUUUUGGUCUGACUUGUUUCUUGAAGUUACAGCAGGUUAGCCAGAUGGAAAAGUUUCCAAGAAAAAAGAAACAAAGAAAUGGCAGGGUGGGGAGUAGAACAUCACUUGUCUAAGUCAACCUCUAAGUAAUAAUCAUUUUAGCUCCAAGUGAGGUGUACUUUCUGCAAGACUUGAAUGCAACAAGUAGGUUCUCAUGACAUAUUGAAUUUAUACUCUUACGAUAUGUGCUUGGACAGAAUAUAUUACUAUUCUAAAGUAAGCUAUUAUCAAUUCUGUUCUUAAAUUUGAUUAUCGGGCAGAAUAAAUCCAAGAAGCUGGGAACAUAUAGGACUGGUUCACACCGAACUGUCUCUGCCUUUGCAAGUUGCUCCAAUCUUCUCUAGCAAAAAUGUUUCUUAUUCAAUAGCAGAUGUGCAUUCACAGUAGAAAACACUGCAGAUAUUUGAGAAACGUUUGUCCACCUGUUGCGUAACAACCUCUGUGAAUAUUUAAGAAAGGUCAAUAUGAACUUUUGGAAGAAUAGUUUGGUAGCUUCUGAAAUGCUGUGCUCAGGGGGCAGCAGGCAGAAAGAGAUUUAUAUUCUUUCAAAGCGUGUUAUUUUGAGAGCAAUUUCCUUCAAGUGCAAUACUGUUUAAGUUGGGUCUAAUGCUUGGCUACCAGUAAAUAGGUACCCUUAGGAAGCUAAAACACAAGCAGCAUGCUUGGGAAAUCAAAGCAGUCCCUUUAUUGCUGUGUAAAAACAGGCACAAAAGCCAAACCAACUAAGCUGCUUUCCACAAAAACAGGCAGCAGCAGAAUGCGAGGCAUUUCACAGUCAGGGGCUGGAGGCAUAUAAAAUUAUCUCUGAAGGCAAUUUAUAUCCUGUGAUGCAUAAAUAGAAGGGGGCUCAACUCGCCAAUUAGGCAUUGUGGCUUGGAUACAAAGAUCCCUGUGCAUGAGCAGAAAGGAUUUCCGCACAACUCACAUUCUUUACUAAACCUUCUCCCUAAUUUUCUCCUAUAUGCACCCACAAAACCACCCCAGAAGCUCUAAUGUUGAACGUGACGCGAAAUGGGGAUCUGCAGCUGAGGAAUGUGACCUUCCCACGUGCCUAAGAAAAUGCUUUUUGCUGUUCUUUCUACAUUACACACGAUGGAGAGCAGCAAAUGGUCACAGCUUCAUAUUAAUAAUAAUCAUAAUCAUAAUCAUAAUAAUAAUAAUAAUACCUUGCCCGUCUGACUGGGUUGCCUCAGCCACUCUGGUUGGCUUCCGACAUAUAUUAAACAUAAUAAAACAUUGCACAUUCAAAAGCUUCCCUAUACAGGGCUGCCUUCAGAUGUCUUCUAAAGAUGAUAGAAUUACUCAUCCCCUUGACAUCAGAUGGGAAGCUGUUCCGCUGACCUGGUCAGUAACCUUACUGUCUAUGUGUGAGUUUCCCCUUUAUUCUGUUUUACAUUGAGCAUAGCGAACCUUAAGCUCUGCCCAGGUGCAAUCUCUCAAUGCUUCUUAAUGGUGAAACUGAGCUGAAUGAAAUCAAUUUUACAUGGAAAAAUAAACCAGUGACAUAGCCAUGAUGAUGGUUGACAAAGUCUAUUAGGGAACUGAAAAUUCAACAGCUUUCUGACUUGUUGCACGUACUAUGUGCCCGCCAUUUUCUUAAUACCAGUGCUGUCCUGUCCCUGUCCCUUUAAAGUUCAGUAUUAUUAGAAUUUCAGUUGUUCUGAAGAGGCUGGGGAUGGUGUGUGGUGUCUCUCCGCCACUCGCCAUGAACAUUUCUCGGGUACUCUGCAGCCUCCCUUGGCACCACAUGCUUCCUGAUCUGAAAAAGGCCUAUGAGACAAGUUUACCUCAUAACGGGCUUUUAAUUGAGGCCCAGAAACCUGGGAAAGCCACAGAGUACGGAUCACUGGUGAGGUGAUUUGGAGAAUGAGAAGAAGGAUGCUCCUAAACAUCCCUUAAAGCUAGAGGUAAAGGUAACCCUCCCCUUCAUGGAUCACUGCCUUGCCGGGGCGAAGGGGCUUGAAUAUGCCGAAGCUAUGAGCUAUGCCGUGCAGGGCCACCCAAGAUGGACAGGUCAUAGUGGAGAGUUUUGACCAAACGUGAUCCACCUGGAGCAGGAACCGGCAAGCCACUCCAGUAUCCCUGCCAAGAAAACUCCAUGGACAAAGACAACAGGUAUAUAAAAGUUAUGACGCUGGAAGAUGAGCCCCUCAGGUCGGAAGGCGUCCAACAUGCUACUGAGGAAGAGCAGAGGACAAGUACAAGUAGAUCCAGAGCUGAUGAAGUGGCUGGGCCAAAGCCGAAAGGACGCUCAGUUGCGGAUAUGCCUGGAAGCGAAAGGAAAGUCCAAUGCUGUAAAGAAAAAUAUUGCAUAGGAACCUGGAAUGUAAGAACCAUGAACCUUGGUAGGUUGGAUGUGGUCAAAGAUGAGAUGGCAAGAAUAAAUAUUGACAUCCUGGGCAUCAGUGAACUAAAAUGGACGGGAAUGGGCGAAUUCAGUUCGGAUGACCAUCAUAUCUACUACUGUGGGCAAGAAUCCCAUAAAAGAAAUGGAGUGGCUCUCAUAGUCAACAAAAGAGUGGCGAAAGCUGUACUGGGAUGCAAUCUCAAAAAUGAUAGAAUGAUCUCUACUGGUGCUGAAGAAACUGAAAUUGACCAAUUCUAUGAAGACUUACAACACCUUAUAGAAGUGACACCAAAGAAGGAUGUUCUUCUCAUUAUAGGGGAUUGGAAUGCUAAAGUAGGGAAUCAAGAGAUAAAAGGAACAACUGGCAAGUUUGGCCUUGGAGAGCAAAACGAAGCAGGGCAAAGGCUAAUAGAGUUCUGUCAAGAGAACAAGCUGGUCAUCACAAACACUCUUUUCCAACAACACAAGAGACGACUGUACACAUGGACAUCACCAGAUGGGCAGCAUCAAAAUCAGAUUGAUUAUAUUCUCUGCAGCCAAAGAUGGAGAAGCUCUAUACAGUCAGCAAAAACAAGACCUGGAGCUGACUGUGGCUCAGAUCUUCAGCUUCUUAUAGCAAAAUUCAAGCUUAAACUGAAGAAAGUAGGAAAAACCACUGGGCCGGUAAGAUACAAUCUAAGUCAAAUCCCUUAUGAAUACACAGUGGAAGUGAGGAACAGGUUUAAGGAUUUAGAUUUGGUGGACAGAGUGCCUGAAGAACUAUGGAUGGAGGCUCGUAACAUUAUACAGGAGGCAGCAACUAAAACCAUCCCAACGAAAAGGAAAUGCAAGAAAGCAAAGUGGCUGUCCAACGAGGCCUUACAAAUAGCAGGGGAGAGAAGGCAAGCAAAAUGCGAGGGAGAUAGAGAAAGAUACAGGAAAUUGAAUGCAGAUUUCAAAAAAAUAGCAAGGAGAGACAAGAAGGCCUUCUUAAACGAGCAAUGCAAAGAAAUAGAGGAAAACAAUAGAAUGGGAAAAACCAGAGAUCUGUUCAAGAAAAUUGGAGAUAUGAAAGGAACAUUUCGUACAAAGAUUACCAUAAUAAAAGACAAAAGUGGAAAGGACCUAACAGAAGCAGAAGACAUCAAGAAGAGGUGGCAAGAAUAUACAGAGGAAUUAUACCAGAAAGAAAUGGAUGUCUCGUACACUCCAGGUAGUGUGGUUGCUGACCUUGAGCCAGACAUCCUGGAGAGUGAAGUCAAAUGGGCCUUAGAAAGCACUGCUAAUAACAAGGCCAGUGGAAGUGAUGAUAUUCCAGCUAAACUAUUUAAAAUUUUAAAAGAUGAUGCUGUCAAGGUGCUACACUCAAUAUACCAGCAAAUUUGGAAAACUCAGCAGUGGCCAGAGGAUUAAAAUUCUACAAGGCAGGCUUAAGCAGUAUGUGGACUGAGAACUCCCAGAAGUGCAAGCUGGAUUUCGAAGGGGCAGAGGAACCAGAGACCAAAUUGCAAACAUGCGCUGGAUUAUGGAGAAAGCUAGAGAGUUCCAGAAAGACAUCUACUUCUGCUUCAUUGACUAUGCAAAAGCCUUUGACUGUGUCGACCACAGCAAACUAUGGCAAGUUCUUAAAGAAAUGGGAGUGCCUGAUCACCUCAUCUGUCUCCUGAGAAAUCUCUAUGUGGGACAAGAAGCUCCAGUUAGAACUGGAUAUGGAACAACUGAUUGGUUCAAAAUUGGGAAAGGAGUACGGCAAGGCUGUAUAUUGUCUCCCUGGUUAUUUAACUUAUAUGCAGAAUUCAUCAUGCGAAAGGCUGGACUGGAUGAAUCCCAAGCCGGAAUUAAGAUCGCCGGAAGAAAUAUCAACAACCUCAGAUAUGCAGAUGACACAACCUUGAUGGCAGAAAGUGAGGAGGAAUUAAAGAACUUUUUAAUGAGGGUGAAAGAGGAGAGCGCAAAGUAUGGUCUGAAGCUCAACAUCAAAAAAAACGAAGAUCAUGGCCACUGGGCCCAUCACCUCCUGGCAAAUAGAAGGGGAAGAAAUGGAGGCAGUGAGAGAUUUUACUUUUUUGGGCUCCAUGAUCACUGCAGAUGGUGACAGUAGUCAUGAAAUUAAAAGACGCCUGCUCCUUGGGAGAAAGGCGAUGGCAAACCUAGACAGCAUCUUAAAAAGUAGAGACAUCACCUUGCCAACAAAGGUCCGUAUAGUUAAAGCUAUGGUUUUCCCAGUAGUGAUGUAUGGAAGUGAGAGCGGGACCAUCAAGAAGGCUGAUCGCCAAAUAAUUGAUGCUUUUGAAUUAUGGUGCUGGAGGAGACUCUUGAGAGUCCCAUGGACUGCAAGAAGAUCAAACCUCUCCAUUCUUAAGGAAAUCAGCCCUGAGUGCUCACUGGAAGGACAAAUCAUGAAGCUGAGGCUCCAAUACUUUGGCUACCUCAUGAGAAGAGAAGACUCCCUAGAAAAAGACCCUGAUGUUGGGAAAGAUGGAGGGCACAAGGAGAAGGGGACGACAGAGGACGAGAUGGUUGGACAGUGUUCUCGAAGCUACAAACAUGAGCCUGACCAAACUGCGGGAGGCGGUGGAAGACAGGAGUGCCUGGCAUGCUCUGGUCCAUGGGGUCACGAAGAGUCAGACACGACUAAACGACUAAACAACAACAAAGGUACCCCUGACCGUUAGGUCCAGUCGUGGACGACUCUGGGGUUGCACGCUCAUCUUGCUCUAUAGGCCGAGGGAGCCGGCAUUUGUCCGCAGACAGUUUUUCCGGGUCAUGUGGCCAGCAUGACUAAGCCGCUUCUGGCAAACCAGAGCAGUGCACGGAAACACCAUUUACCUUCCCACCAGAGCAGUACCUAUUUAUCUACUUGAACUUGACAUGCUUUCAAACUGCUAGGUGGGCAGGAGCUGGGACCGAGCAAAGGACGCUCACCCAGUCACGGGGAUUCAAACUGCUGACCUUCCGAUCGGCAAGCCCUAGGCUCUGUGGUUUAGACCAUAGCACCACCCACGUACCUUAAACAUCCCUUAGGCACCUCAAAAGUAACACAGGCACAACAGAAAGCUUACACCCGUCCCUGGAGAAUUGCACUGACAUUUUUCUCUCACUGUUGCUAAUUUUCAAAUACGUUCUCCCUCCCGCAUUAACUGAUGGAGAAAUGUCAAAAAAUGCAGGAUAAUAUUUUUUGGCACAACGCUAAUACCCAAACUGGUUCAGUUAUAUGAGUAAUUUAAGAAAAAGCAAAUGCUGUAAAAAGUACAGUGUUCAUUCCAACAGCAGGAAAAAGUGAAACAUAUACCAAGCUACUCUUUGAUACGAGGAAAAUUAUUAUGGAUUAUGGCAUAUUAGUAUCCAAACCAAGGAAUUCAUCCUAUAUUCAGGCAUUAGCAGACUUCAGCUAGCUCCCAGGAUUUUCUUACUAGGCAUUCCAUUAAGAGCUCGUGUAACCACAGUGAAAUGGAUGUUUGAAAACAGGAGCUGCUAAACUUCGUGGGCAUGUUUGCAAACUGGAGAAGCCGUUGUGGGCACAACAUACGGAAAUGUGAUAUGCUGUGUCUGGCAUAUUGCCUGUUAGGAACUGCCUAAUUCUCACACACAUUUUGUUCCAAAGGCAGAACCUUAAAGAAAUAUUGCAAAUGUUUGGAAUGCUGUGAAAUGAUUAAAAGGUCAUGAUUUUUCACACAGAUACUGUACCAUACCCUGUUCUGCAUCUAAUGUUCUCGAAAGUCUCCAGUAAUAAUUGUUAAUUCUCCUUAUUGAUGAUUUUAUCGUUUUAUUUUUAUAUUUUUGCACACAGUCUUGAGGUUUUGUUUAACAUUCAAGCGGUGUAUAAAUUUUAUGAAAUAACUACAUAAAGUAAGAAACAAACCCUGGAACAAUAAAUUUAAAUGAACAAAACUGCAGAGCCAGCAGUUAAAACAACUGAUAAAAUAAUGUAAAAUAACAAUAAAUAAAUAAAUAAAAAAUCAACAAUAAACCCAUGAUAGGAUGGAUUUUGACUGGUGCAUCAAAGAUGGCAGACAAAACACACAGCAAACUUGCUGACAGAGAGGAUUCCACAGUCUGGGUCUAACCACAGACCACCUGUUUGACCUCUGAAGGUACGGAGUGUAGUCAGAGAAAGGCCUUUGGUGAAGAUGAUGAAUGUUUGUUCAACUUCAAAAGUAAAUCUCUUCUGUCCAGUGGGGCUUAUUCCCUACUUAAGCGUCCCCAGGAAUUUUUCAUACUGAGUAGUGACGUCUACUAUGCAGAGAGAAAGUGUAUGUAUGGGUAGAUCCUCAAUUUCAUAAUGCAUACAAGUACUGCCAAAACAAACUCUAAGGUCAAUGGGCGCUUUCAAGAACCAAUAAAUAGCAAGUCCAAGUUACACUUUUCUAGCCUUCGGAAUCACAGAAUACCAUCGCAAAGAAGAAUUUUCAAAUAACCAAUCAAACAUAGUUGAGACAUAUGGCUUCAAAGACGGUAGCUUUCCUUUCAAUUUAGCACACAAAUGGUUUUCAUUAAGACGAUCCCCUCUCUAGCGUUUUGGUUUCCAUCUUUGUUUACUGUUGUAAGACUUAUCACUUAAACUUUCUGGAAGGUAUAUGUCUGUGCUUAUAUACAUGCCACACACAUGUGGUUGUUGCCCUGAGCAUUUCCAAUCUAUCCCAAUGUCUGUCUAGCUAGUUUUCAUUUAGUUACUUUCACCUUUUUAGUUUGUUGACAGGAAAAGGAGAUAAGAGAGGCAAGCUUAGCUGGAGGUCUGGACUGACAGAGACGCUCUCAGCAGGCUGUAUAUAAAAUUAAUACUGUAGGCUUCUCAAGCAUUCCCAUCUGCAUUCUCAAGAGGAUUGUUUUUUCUUGACAAACAACAGAGGUCUACAGGGACUUCCUGCCCGAACUAUAAAGGGCAGCAAACCAGUUUUAAAUUGACUCUCUUCCAGCCUGGAGUUAUGUACUUGUUAGGCUGCAAAUUUCACAAGACUAAAUUCUUGUUACUGGGAAUCUAUCUAUCUAUGUCAAUAGAUCCACGUAUCUAUCUAACACUAAGAGGACAGAAAACAAGAGACAGAAAAUAAAUAACAGGCUCUUGUGGAAAAAAAAUGUGAAUUGUGAAAGUAUAAUUCUUUUAAUCUUAGGCUUUGCAGAAGAGAAUCGGAAGGAUUACAGGCAAGCUGAUAGAGGGUGACAUUUGCUUCAGGGGGAAAGGGAAGCCCUUAAUGAAAUCCAUAAGCCUGGCUUCCAGUGCUUUUAGGAAAACCAUGCCCUUCCCCAGCCGUCUAAAGCCAGUAUCUAAAGAGGGUAUCAUAAACGAUUUGUGGGCUGGGGACUCUUGUCAAUAAAGCACUGGCUUUAAAUGACUUUAAAACGUUAUAUGAAAUGAGAACACAGUUAAGCAGCAAGCUAAGAACCAUAUUUUUCUGUUCACAUGAAAUAAUAAAUGGCAGCUGAAUCCCCCCUCCACAUUGCAUGGGGACGUGGCCAAAGAUAGUUGCUGAAACAUGGUGUCCUCUUUCAAAGUCAACAAGCUACUGAAGCAAGAACCUCUGUGUUUAAGAAUUCACCCUAUGAACUUCAAACAGAAUUCAGAAGGUUGAAGAAUAUACUUGUUAAAGCAGCUGGUAGAUCAGACUGGAUGCAUAUGAUAACAGCGAGCAAAUGCUGGAAUCCCCACUGCAAUGGGGCAUAAAGCGAGGCCAUUGAGAAUGGCAGCCCCUCUCGGCCUAUUCCUUUUAAACUAGACUUUUGCUAUAAAUGCAGGGCUUCGUUUUGAAAUAAAUCACAUCACCAAGCUAUGACUCUGUACAUAGGAAGCCCUUGGAUUUUCAGUGGGGCUCAACCUGGGCACUCUUCUCACAUUACCUUAGUAACCCUGCACUUUUCCACACCACCUUCAAGGUCAGAAGCUUCUGAAGAAGUCCACAGUAUCAUUCAUCCCAUGCCAUCGCUGCCCAGCUUCCUAGAACUGGGUGACUUUAGCAUUAGGGGAAGACACUGUCUGCAUGAAAAGUAUGUGCUCUGCCUCUGUGCUAAGGCCCCUUCUGAAAAUCAAGUUAUUCCAUGUAUCUCCUGCACAGUAUCUCUUUGGGAUUUGCGGACUUUAAAAAACCCAACACCGAGACAAGACCAAUGAUUACCCGAAAGGCUAGAUUACAAAUUAGUGACUGUGCAUUGCCCUUUGCCAAGAAUAUAUAAUCUGCCCAGGCCCUUCUGACUGAAGACUUGACGAAAACAAGUUGGAGAUGGCUGGUGGUGAGAAGAUAUCAUUCGUUUUCUGAUAAAGUGAAGACAUGGAAAAAUUUCCAGGUCACAUGCAUACCGCAUAUUUGGGCUUUCCCAAAAGAAUCUUGGGAACUGUGGUUUGUUCAGGGUAAUGGGAACUUUAGCUCUGUGAGGCGUAGACGACAGUUCUCAUGUUUUCUUAGGGGAAACCAUGUGCUAUAAAUAUAAGGGGCGGAUGUGACUUCACUCUCACAGCAGGCCCUACCACAUAAAGUUGUUGCAAAGAGAAAAAAAAGGAGUGGAACCAUGUUCUCUGGGCUCUUUUGAGAUAGGAAUAUAAAGAUAUAAUUAACACACCUGUUCUUUUUUACAGCACUUUGUAAGCAAUUUUAGAACACCACUUGAAAUGGCCAAAUAUCCUAUUUUUCCCUCAGAAAAAUCUCUAGAUUAGUUUUAUUGUUUUCUAACUCCCACAGCAUGAUCAACAUGCUAUGAAGAAAAGAAGACCAUUGAAAGAGGAUGAUGGCAUACUAUUAAUGUUUCACAGAAGGUUCAACCAAUAAAAAAUUGGGAGUCCACAUAGUUUGAACUACACAGUUUUACAGGGGAAUAAUCUGGAAAAAAAUGAACUCCUCAUUAACUUUAUAAUACCCUAGAAUAUUGGACUAACAACAUUACAGAAUGGUAAACUAACAAGUUGCACAUAUAAAAAACCCACACAAUUAUGAUAAUGCAUACUAUUGUACAAAAAUCCUGCCUCCUAGACUGAAGAAGGCUUCUAAAAAGUCCACUCCGGUUAAUCAAUUGUGAACACUUUCAGAAUAAUAAAUUGUCACCACCAUGUUGUGUUUUUUUAAAAUAAUGUUGCUGGCUAAUUGCAAUUAAAAAAGAAAAAAGAAAUGUGAAUGCUAUUAAGUCUCAUAGUAAUUUUAAUAGGGGUGUUAUAUUUUUUAAGAUAUGCCCCUAAAGAAGGGCUGUGCUUUUUGUAUUUCAAUAAACCUUUUUACAUCUUUAACAUUCUGCUUUGCAUUAGAAAACAGAGGCCAGUAGUUAAAUGCUGUGGGCACAUUAAUUGUGCUUUUUUGGCGACAAAAGUAAGAAACGAAACCUUAAGUGACCUUAACUCAUCUAUGUAGUUCUACCUUCCCUUACUAUUAUUUGUUUAUCCAAGUCUCAUGUAUUUAAUAUGUCUGCUCUGGUUUUAUACGACCUGUAAAUUGUGGGGUGGGGGUGGGAAGCCUCUAAUUGAACCAAGCAUAUUACUGUGGCAUGCUGUUCCUGUACAACUCAUACUAACCUAUAGCAAAUUCAUAGAUUUUUCUAAGACUACAUGUACGUUCUUCCACAUUAUGCAAAAUUGUUCUGGUAUGUGGUUUCUCAGGACUGAAUUUGAGACAUGCACCAUGAAAUUAGUCUGGGACAAUAAGGUUACUGAGUGAUUAGUACAUGGGUAUUGUAGUUUUGACCUUUCUGGAAUAUACUUUGUCAAAGCUAUACUUUUCUGGACCCAUCUGGUGAUAUUAAAACUCAGUAAACCUGGGAUAAGAUUGCAGGUGGCAGUGAACCCAGCUACUCCACUUCGUAAUUUUGUUCCAGGUUUGUCUGUUUAUUUGUUUACUUAGCCUCUCAGAUCCAUCUUUUUGGUGUUGGGUCACUCCAGAGCUGAUUCCAUGAAAACACCAAAAAGUACUUCUCAUGAACAAGCCUUCACUGGAAUACAGCUUCAGAGUGACAGCGUGGUACAGCAGUUAAGACUGCAAUGUCGGAUAAGGAUUGAGGAAACCCUCAGCAGUGAAGCUCACCAGGUGACCUGUCACCAUCUCUCAGCCUGACUUGCCUACAGGGUUUUGUGAGGAUAAAAAGGGGGAGAAGCACCAAAAGCCACAUACAGCAAAUAAACUUUGCCUAGGAACCAAAGAACUAUUCGAAGUUUCUGCAUGCCCAAGGGAGCUUGUGUUCCCACCCCCCAAAACUGCAUCCUUGUGUGGCACAGUGGAAGCUUUUAAAACUCACAAGACUUUCAAGAGCAGUUGAUACAGGCUCAGAAUCCAGGGAUGAAGGGAGCAAAUGACUUUUGGCAGCAUUUUCUCCUCUCCACUGCCAUGUCCCACCCCUCAGUGGGGUUAAUAUUUGUACUUCUCACCUCUACUGUAAUGAUUAGGGUGCUGCAGUAGGACCAAGGAGAUCAGGGUUCAAAUGCAAGCUCUGUUGCAACUUUGGACUGCUCAUUGUGAAAGUCUGGAAGCUAACACGGUAGCUGGAGGUGGAGGGAGAAGGCUAUGGAAUGGGACAAAAAGGAUUUCCAGGAAAGGAAACCGUCUCUGCCUAUGAUCCAUCCCACUGUCAUUUACCCUAGACCAUGGGUAGGCAAACUAAGGCCUGGGGGCUGGAUCCGGCCUAAUCGCUUUCUAAAUGUGGCCUGUGGAUGGUCAGGGAAUCAGAGUGUUUUUACACGAGUAGAAUAUGUCCUUUUAUUUAAACUGCAUCUCUGGGUUAUUUGUGGGGCAUAGGAAUUCGUUCAUUUCCCCCCCAAAAUAUAGUCCGGCCCCCCACAAGGUCUGAGGGACAGUGGACCGGCCCCCUGCUGAAAAAGUUUGCUGACCCCUGCCCUAUACCCAGCGGCGUAGCGUGGGUUGUCAGCACCCGGGGCAAGGCAAGUAAUUUGCGCCCCCUAACCCCUAACCUGCUGCCGCUGCCAGCUUCUUCUUGCUGCUGCCUGGGCUGGUCUGGUGUGGUUCUCUCCCGCGCUCAGCGCUGCGCUGGGCGGCCGCUGCACUGUCCCUCCCCCAGAUAGUCCCUCGCUCUCUCUCUGCACCGCACGCCUGGCACCCACCCCCCUCCACAGUGGGCGGCGACCCAGCGGCUCGGAUCGGAUUCGCACAGCCAGCACUGCAGUGAGAGAGAGUGAGUGAACCAAGUAGGGGCAGAGAGCUGCGAGUGCGAGCGCGCGCCCCCCCAGAUGUUGUGCCCGGUGCGGCCGGCCCCCCCUGCACCCCCCCACGCUACGCCACUGCCUAGACCUUACAUUCACACAAUUCUCUUCUGCUUUUAAUCCACAGAAGGGACAUGUUAGAGUGCAUCAAGGAGGCAGAAUCAAGCCCCCACUUUUUAAAGGCUGACCUCCAAGACAACCUGGAACCAAAUACCCUCAGGCUUGGGUACCUAAAGCAGUUCCUUCAAUACUUGUUCUCAGGCUGGGAUCUGAGGAAACGGGCAACUAGUUUCACACGAGGGAGUGGGCUUUCAAACAGCAGCUUUCCCCCUCAAGCCGUUGGGCAUCAUGAAGGAGUGUAUGAGGAUCUGCUGUUUAAAGAAAAGUCAAGAAUUCCAAUGCACAUUCCCAGGACCUUCUAAAUUCCAGCCUAAUUAUCUCCAAGUAACUCAGUAUUUUCAGGCUUAAAUUUUUAUGACUGUUCCAGUGAGAUGCCUCCCACCAGCCGUCUGCAUCAUGUACUUCAGCAUUCACUUUUCUGUAAAUGGUGGCACUUAGUUGGCAAAAACGAAGAGUUGCGCAUACAACAAUCAUUGCUGCCAAGAACACAAAAUGCAUAUAUAUGGAAAACUUAGUCCUCAUAAAUGCGAGGUUUUAGUUAUUCCUCAUCAAUGUGGCAUUAUAAAUCACAUGGAUGAGCAACUAAAAUGUCUCAAGAAAAGCACAACCCAUUUGUUAGUCUGGUGCCUGACUUGUUCUUUGAAACAGACGUAAACAAGAAGGUUCAAGGAGAGUCUUCAUUUCAGACAGGAACUGGCAAAUCCAUUCUUAUUUUAAAAAUGAUGAAUAACGUACUUCCAACUAGUGUUCAAGGAAUGGUAUGUGCUCAAUCUAAACUGUAUGUUUCCUUUUAUUUCCUUGCAACUGUAAGCAGUCCAGUCCUCAUUCCCCUGAAAGUGUCGAGAUAAUGUCUUUUGAGAGAAGGUGAGUGGCAUAUAAUUCUCUAAAGACAUCAUCUCAACACUUUCAGGGGAAUGGGGACUGCACGCUUACAGUUGCAAGGAAAUAAAAGGAAACAUGCAGUUUAGACUGAGUACAUAGUUUUGAUUGAACAACCAUAAAGUACGCAAGUCCAUGCCAUCUAUUUCCCUCAGGUUAGGCAAGGCCCAGAAAAAUAGCUGGCGAAUCUUUUGAAUUGGGAAUGAACUCCCUCAGUCACUGUCACCUCUCCCAGUUCACCUGGAAGUAACAAAGUACAACAGACUCAUCCUUCUUGAGUCUACAAGGCAACUUCCACAGGCCAAUAAAUUACCAUUAAGCAAAACUGGGUGGUGAACAAUUGCUAAGCGUUGUACAAACAGUAAAUGACAAAAUGCAGGGUCCUCAGAUGGAAAGUUGUAACUAGCUGUCUAUAUUAAGCCCAGAUAUCAGCUACGAUAUCUGGGUUUCAGAGAAGAAAAAGUUAUUAUAUAUGAUCUUCUGGAAUCCAGGGAAAUGAAUUUAGCACUAAAAAGGACUUAUUAGGAUGGGCUGCGUGCUUAAGAGUAAGUCCCAAGAACCAAUUUAAUCAAAAUAAAAGCCAUACAAUUCAGAGAUUUAUAGCAAAAAAACUUCUACUGUACAUCAUUGCCGCAUACCCUGGCAUUAGAAUAAGACGAUACAUAAAGAACAGUUUCCUAUUUAGAGGAGCUCAAAGGAGAUAAUGGCAACAUGGGAAGGAAGAGAGAAGAAAAGGUCAUGGCCCACAAAUAUUGUCAGGAGAUACAAUUAAGCAUAAUAUUUCCCAUUAGGAAUGAGACUUUACUGAAUAACUAGCUUGAGCUGGGAAUUGAAUGGUGAGAGAUGAGAGUGCUUCUAGCUGCUGAGAACUUGGCUGGGGGCAGGAGAGACCUUAAAACAUCUCUCAGAAAUCAUAAAAUGGUGUUUGUGUGGGGAUCAGUUUUCAGAGACUUUCAGGUCUAAGCAAAGUCACUGUACUUGCUAAUCCAUAAUACAAAAAAGGAUUUUUAUUCCUUUUUAAUAAAAAGCUUAAUUAAAGCCUUGGACUAUGGGGUUGGCGAGAUCUGCUAAACAGUUAUUAUGCCGACGUGCCCGGAGAGCCUUUCGAAACAGUUGUUAUUUUGGCAUCCCUAGAAGGAAGACGUCGUUUCUCACCCUUGCUUUUUAUGUUUUGUUUGUCUAAAAGUUGAGCAACAAUGUGCAAACAGCAUUGUUACAGCAUACCAGACUUCUUGUCUAAUCCCUAACAAUGAAAGUGUAAGAUGCUCUUAAACAUUUGAACUCUUGGUUCAGGAAGGUGACUAAAAUCCUAAGCCUUUGUCUAAGCGGCUCUGAUAUCUAAAUAAAAUUCCCACUGUUGCUAACACCAGCACAGGGCCACCAGAGGUGACAAUGGGUGGAAGCAGCCGUAUAUCAAAAGUCAGUUAAACUUCUCAAAGUGCACUCUUUGCAAUGCACUCUUCCCAGCGACACACAGGUGAAUAUAUACAUGUACAUUUGCAACUCUAUCCCCACACUGAGCACCAGCACCUGACCAAACCCUUCUUUACCAGCUGCUGCCUCAUGUAUUAACUGUAAAAUAGCCUAAGCUUCUGAAACACAGGUUACUUAUUGUUUCAUUAAAUUGAUGAUGCUUGUCUUGCAUCCAUAAUCUGUGCACGCACACGAGAUUAAAGAUGUUUCCCCUUCCGUUGAGAUAUUGAAUUUCUGGAGACCAAAGAAUUCUGGAAAGCUCUAGUUCAGGCUGAUGCAUAAGCACAUAAAUAAUAAAAAAAAUCAAAGAGAAAGGCACCCCAACGAAUUGAAAGUCCAACAUUUUCUCAAUAAGGGGAGGUUGUGACAAAAUAGUGACAGUGGUGUUUACCAGGCAGAGAUAUGGGAGCAUAGAGACAGAUGGGAAAUGUAACAAAUUUCUCCCUUUCUCACUCGACGCCAGCUUGUUGCUUACAACUCUGGGUGGGUAGUGACUAGUUUUCACUGGAUGGUUAUUGUGAAGGUGGAGUGGAUUAGAAUACCUGGCUAGUUAACUGCUGACAAGUCCCAGGGUCAUAUGAAAUGCUCCUUUCAUAUCCCCCCUGUCUCUGCAUUGACUACAGGCAGUUACUAUUAGCAGGGACAGUCGAAUAUAUUUUGCUGCUUGAGGCAAAGACAAAAUGGUGGCCCACUUUCUACAUAUGGGACUCAACUGGACUGGUAGCUGCAUAUAACCUCAUCACUGGUAACAAAACAGCAUCCACCUGAAACAACAGGCUGUCAAUGGGUGUGCAAGGGGGCCUUGGGAACAGUGCGUGCCUGCAGUUGUCUUGCACCCACCAGCACCGGCUGCUUGAGUGGACUGGCUCCCCGUUCCUAAUGGCAGAGCUGGCUCAAGCAUCUCCAGAUGCUGAUCUCUGGUUUGUAAGAGGCUUCCCCAUUUUGUUUUGCUUGUUAAACUCUUUCGCCCCCACUCCCACGAAACGGAGGGGAAACAUCUGUAAUUAAAGAAAUGCUUAGCAAUCUCUCCAGAAUCAUGUUUAUAAAUAAACAAAACAGCACAUGAACAUAAAACGUUCUUCUUCUUCCGACAUGCAGCUCGAAAGCUACAUUCAGGAUAACAUGAAAAAAGAAAUGGUGGAGAUCCAGCAGAAUGCAGUGCAGAACCAGACGGCGGUCAUGAUUGAAAUAGGCACAAAUCUGCUAAAUCAAACCGCUGAACAGACCCGCAAAUUAACAGAUGUUGAAGCACAUGUAAGUACCAGUCGUUCAAGCUGAAGCUAACUCUGAACUCAAAGGACUUGUGUGCCCUAUAUUGUAUGCUUCAAGUCAGGCUGGGCAAUAUUUAGUUUCCAACAUUGUGAUGUAUCACAAUGUCUGAACUAAGGAUAGAACUAUGUAGAGACAUUGGCUGGCUUCAUGUUUUUUUCUAACAUUAUGAUUUUUGCAAGGCAAACAAACUUCAUGAUUCACGAUAUAUUGCCAGGUCAAAAAUUAUGAAACCAAUAUCAGGAUAUGGAUUUCAAACCAGUUUGGGACAAUAUUAUCGCCCAGCCCUACUAAUCAGUCAAUUAAAACUUACACUAGUAGACUGCACAGUAUAAAUCAUAGCUCCAACGCUUGACAGCACCACAAAAAACCUGAUCUUAGUCACAAAUCUUUGUGGAUCUUUGUGUUUUUCACAUAAUAACAAAGCAACCAACCAAUCAUAGAACACAUUUCAGGACACAGGGGAGACCUACGAAUUGUUGAGGGGAUCUCUUAUAUAAAUUAUGAGGAUCCAUAAGGAUCUAUGGUUCUGUGAGGGGAAACUGGUCUCCUUGCAGCUCCCAGCACCUAGAAUUCUUUGAGGGAAGCUAUGACUGUUUAACAUGGUAUGAUACUGCUUUAAAAGUAUACUGCAGAUGGAGGCUUGCUGUUUACAUAGCACUCUAAUUUGCAAAGUGUUUCAAGAAGGUUAAUGUUAUUCCUAUUCACCAGCACAGUGGGACAUGGUGGCGCUGUGGGUUAAACCACAGAGCCUAGGACUUGCCAAUCAGAAGGUCGGCGGUUAGAAUCCCCGUGACGGGGGGAGCUCCCAUUGUUCGGUCCCAGCUCCUGCCAACCUAGCAGUUUGAAAGCACGUCAAAGUGCAAGUAGAUAAAUAGGUACCACUCCGGUGGGAAGGUAAAUGGCGUUUCUGUGUGCUGCUCUGGUUUGCCGGAAGCGGCUUAGUCAUGCUGGCCACAUGACCCGGAAGCUCUAUGCCGGCUCCCUCGGCCAAUAAAGCGAGAUGAGCACCGCAACCCCAGAGUCAGUCACGACUGGACCUAAUGGUCAGGGGUCCCUUUCCCUUUUACCUUUAUGACUGUUUAACAUAGUAUGAUACUGCUUUAAAAGUAUACUGCAGAUGGAGGCUCUAAUUUGCACUCUAAUUUGCAAAGUGUUUCAAGAAGGUUACUGUUAUUCCUAUUCACCAGCACAGUGGUCAAAGUAAUGUUUGAAACCGAGAAGUUCUGAUCCGAACUAGCAUCAAAAUUCAGAGCUGAGUCCAAUUUGCAGCACUCAGGCUGCAAAAACUUGGAGUGACCUAAGUUAUGCACCCCUUAUGCAAGGCAUAGUCUGCAAUGGAACUUGGAUAAGCCUGAGCAUUUCAAUGGUUAUAAUUUAGUUGCAGGAUAAAUCAAAAGACUGAACUGAGUGGGAGAAAGGUUAGGGAGUAACAGGAAGCUACAAAGAAAAAUAAAUUGUCACAUUUUUUUCAAGUUGUUGUUCAAGUCCCAAAUCAAUUGUGGGGAACAGAGACAUUCCCAUACUCAGAUUGGAACAACAACAAAAAUUGCUCUUCAUUUUAGAUUUCAAGUCAGAUCUCAUCCAAAAAUAUGGUUAUUAUGGAGUAACCGCAAACUAUUAUAUUCACAGAAAAAACAAUAUAGAUGUUUUGAAAUAAUAAAUUCAUUUCAGAACUCCUUACAUUCUUAGAAUAAGCUAAGUAAGCUUUUCGAGUGGAGCUUGUGUAUAGUUACAGUUAUUUUCCAGACUUUUAAACUAAAGUGAAGGGUGGUUGGGGAGGAAAACCUAGCGUUAGCACAUAGCGAUUGGUUUGUAUAAAAACCAAAAGCAUUCUAUACAGGACCGAAAACAAGGUGACAAAAUUCUGGAAUGCACCAUUUCAUAUUGACGGUGUGGGGUUAUAUUUUCAAAAGCUCUUCCAAUGUAGUAGUUCACCAUAUGUGGUAAACUAAGUACACCAGGGAAAGGGUUCUGCCACACGAUGACUCUCAGAUCACUACCAUAGUUGCACUGUAAUGUUGCUUCCUAUAAAGACGGAAACACUUAAAUCUCUACUUCAGAACAAUACUAAAUCAUCCCCGCUUUAUUCCAUUUUUCAUGUCCAAAGUGGUCCAAGGUCAAAAGUGUGAGUAGCAGAGUCAAUGAAACAUUUGUUUGAUUGCUUCCGAAAAGUCAUGUGAAUCAGUUUCAAACCAUGUGUAAUGUCAUACUACUGCAAACUUAUAUGUCUGAAGAAUGCUUUUAUAGUCAGCAUUAGCUUAGAAGCUGAAUAUUUGUGCUGGUGACUGGGUUUGUACUGGGUUUAAUUAACAAUGUAAGGGGAUUAAAUAAAGAACUACUCUUUCAAAGACGCUAGUUCUGGCCACAGUGAUCCACGCUCUGGUUAUCUCCCAAAUGGGUUACUACAAUGUGUUAUUUGUGGAGCUGCUCUUGAAGACAGUUCUCAGAAGCUUCAGGAGCCUCAGUUAGCAUAGACUGCCGGAAUAUUGACUAGUGCGGCCUAAUUUACCCAUUUCACAGCAGUUUUAACAGAACUGGCUGUCAGUUUAUUUCGGGGCCCAAUUCAAGGAGUUGGUUCCUACUUUAAAAUUCAAAAUGGUAUGGGGCCCAAAUUUCAGGAGCGUGUGUGUGUGUGUUUCAUUUCAACCUGUUGCUGCUCUUUAAGAGGGACAAAUAUUAUUAUUUAAGAGGGACAAAUAUUAUUACUAAGGAAGAGGGUUUCCUUGGCAGUGUAUCCUCAGUGAUGGAAUGUCCUUGCAAGAAGAUCACUGGCACCAACAUGGCUUUAAUUUAGGUACCAGGCAAAACCAUUUUGAUUUUCUGAGACAUUUUAAUAGACUUUAGUGAAUUAAUUGUGCAAGUUUUGGUACGUUUUGAAGUUUCAUCUUCUCUUUUCUUAAUAUUUUGUGUUGUCUGUUACCUUGGAACUUGAUAUGAUAAAGGGCAUUGUGUGUGUAUGUGUGUGUGUAAUAUCUUCUAAUUAAUGAAUGAAUUCCUCUGCAACAUUUUGGAAAUACCCUUAAGUGUGAAAACAUGUCCUCAAUGACCAUUCAACAUGAAGGAUGUGAGUAAUAAAUUCCUCCUGCCAACUGAAGCCAAAUUCUGAUGAAUUAAAAGAGUUAUUUUAAAACACAAUGAGGAGCAUGCAGCAGAAUGGAAUGCUAAGCAACAGUCCAUGUGACAAUUUUGCUGCCUCAUUCUUAAAAACAGAUGUUGUUCUUGAGACUUCAAGAAUAAGCAGCGGAUAUCAUACUGACCUGGAACCAUGGAAGGAUUAAUAAAAUAAGAAAAACAAACCCUAUCUGCAGGUACACCCACAGUGACACAGAAGUGACUCCAGUCAGUGUGGCAACUUAGAAAAUCACCACCACAUCCACAAAAUGGCUGUCACAUCCAGGAGGCUACAACUGUGGAUGCCUUUGGUCAUUCAUAAAACUGGGAACAGCUCAGGUCACGACACACAAGACUGAUACGGCCCACAUAUAUUGCAACUUGUCUUCUGCAAACAUAGACAUAAGUAAAUGUCACUUACAUUUUAUCAAACCUUCAAGAGGUUUUAGCUUUCCUUUCAUUCAGGUAAAUAGUGAUGAUAGUCUAGGUAUUUUAGGACGGGAUUAAUUUGAAAAUUAUUCUGAAUUAUCUCAAAUAUGAUCCAAAAUUGCAUUUCUCAAAAUGUAGGUACUGAAUCAGACAACAAGGCUUGAGCUUCAGCUUCAGGCGCAUUCAAUUUCAACUAUCAAACUAGAAAGGCAGAUUUCAGAUCAGACCAGCGAGAUAGGAAAACUGCAAGAAAAAAACAGGUAAUAACUCUUCCUAUCUGGUAAUGUAUUAUUGUUCUCAAAUGUGCUUUAUUCCCAGCAGGGAAAUCUAUAAUGAGAUGAUGAAUUGAAAUGACCUCAGGAUAUUUCAAAUGAGCAUCAAGUCUUUUGUAACAAUGAACAGAAAUGGAGAUGACUUUUUUAACACCAGGAAAUAUUAUUUGUAUGCAUGGAAUUUGAAAUGUGCCAGAAGUUAUGGGGCCACAUUCUUCAUUCCCAAGACCAUGUGUGCAAUAUAUAGAAUUCAACUGACAUGCACAUAGGUCCUGUUAAAAAAAUGAAAAUAACCAUCAUUUAAAAUCUAAGUUCUCUCCUGCUUGCAAAAUAACCAUCAUUUAAAAUCUAAGUUCUCUCCUGCUUGCAAAAGCUCUGUAGCUUUUAGUCUUCACCCUCACUAAAGUCCCCACUUUUCCUCCUACCUACAGAUAAGCAGAGACUACAAAUAACAAAAACUGAUAUGCGAUUUGGAAAAGGAGAAUAGCUCCGCAGAUUAGUCAUUUCAGCAAUACUGUAAAGAUGGCCUUCAUCAAUCUUGUGCCAUCAAUAUAUUUUGGACCACAAGCCCCAUCACCCCUAGCUUUCCAUUGUUGUGCUGGCUGAAGUGAUGGGAGUUGCAGUCUAAAAAAAAUGCCGGGGGGCCAGGUGGGUAAUGGGAGCUGUAAGAGAAUAAUAAGCAAUCAAUGGAUGCCAACCUAGCUUACAUGUGUAAUUCCUUUGAACUUGAGGAAUGACUAUCAGGUCUUGAGCUCAUUAAAGGCAUCCCAUUGCCUUGAGAGCCUCAAGGUCCAUAAAUAGCAACACCCUAGUGGUCCCAGGCCCUAAGGAAGUUAAAUUGGCUUCAAUCAGAGCCAGGGCCUUUUCAGCUCUGGCUCCGGCCUGGUGGAACGCUCUGUCUCAUGAGACCAGGGCCCUGCAGGAUCUGAUUUCUUUCCGCAGGGCCUGUAAGACAGAGUUGUUCCGCCUGGCCUUUGGCUUGGAGCCAAUUUGAUUCCCUCCCCCUCUUUCUUUUUUUCUUUUCCUUUCUCCUCCUGCGAUGAGGCUACAUAUUAAUAUUUUAAUGUUUCAAUAUUUUAAUGUUGUAUUUUAAUUUUGUUUUUAAGUCGUAUUCAUUCAACUUGUUUUUAUUAUUGCUUGUUAGCCGCCCUGAGCCCGGCCUUGGCUGGGGAGGGCGGGGUAUAAAUAAUAAUAAUAAUAAUAAUAAUAAUAAUAAUAAUAAUAAUUUCCCACUCAGAAGGCAGCAUUAUUUAUUUAUUUAGCAAAAAGUGCCAAGUUGUGUCUCACCCACUUGAUCAUACCAAGGAAUAUAAUGAGAAUGAGUUCCUGCCUAUCAGAUGACAAAACAAUCCAUCUCUUGUCUGUGUGUCUUUCGCUAGAGCCAUAUUCUAAACCUACCUGGUGUGACAAGAUGGUGGAUUUGAAAUAUCCUUUAUUUACCAUUUCCCCCACCAAAAGGGGGGAAACUCACCCUUCAUUCCUAAUGAGAAAGCUUAUUUGAUUGCCAGGCAAAAUCUGGCUGUCCAGCUACCACAAAAUUGUGGAUGCCGCAAAAAUGUUACUGUGAUUUUCAAACCACCAAAGAGAUAAGUAUUUGAUUCCACUCUUGGCUUCCUUUUGUAUUAAUUGAGAGCCAGACAUGAUCCCUGCUUGCAUCCAUUCUCAGCAUACAACAUCAAAGGACUUGGAGGCUCUUUUUGUUUACCCAGAACAUUUUGAAUGACAGCUGGCCAACAGAACUGUUAACAUUUCUUGCUGAGCUGGGAUCACAUUAGGCUAGCUGGAGAAAAGAGGGGGAACUGUGAACUUUGCUUACUGCAUAAGCCUCAUGCGUGAUCUGCAGUUGGCUAGUCUCACAUGGAAGAGAAAUCAACCUUACUGUUCUCCAAACUGGAUUGUAAUCUGCUACCGACACAAUUUUUCAAUGGUAAAUGCAUAAUCAGCCCAUCUGUUCGGCUUAACAGUCCUCACAGGGAGAAGCUGAUGUGUCAACAGCUAUAUUACAGAGAAAGGGGAAUUGUUUUCUGAAAUGAAGAUGAAAUAUGUUUCGAAUCAUAGGGUUGCCAUCCUGUGCUUCUAACAGUACAAUGUGGGGUUGAAUGUAAAAUGAGCCAAGCUGUAUGAUUCAGCUGAAGUCCUAUGCUGAAAGGACUUUUCAUUUCUGGUAAACAUGAGUGCUGAAGGGAAAGGGCAUGUUUUCAUAUUUGUCUUCACUCCCUUGCUAUAUUUGUGCAUGCUCCUGCAAGGUUUGUUUUAUGCAAACAAGAUACUUUACUCAAGGGGAGCAAAGAAAAUAUGGGUUCACUAUUACAAUGUGAUUUAUUGCGGCAAGUGCACGGAUAGCACUUGAACACACUUGUCCUUCGCUACAUGCAGAAAAAGCAGCAAAUAUUGCUAGAACAAGUAUACUAUGGGACCUGAGUUGUGAAAGAUUUUCUCAGCAUACAUAGGAGAAGUGUAAAAUGAAAUCUGGUCUGCUGAUCCAACACAGCUUCUAAUGCACGCGAUCGAUGCUGAACAGCAGUUAUUUUAAUAUGGUGUCUUCAGGGCAGGACAUAUACAGCAGGACUGCUUGAUUUAUGCAUAUACAGCAAAACCAAACAUGGCAUUGAUUGCGGAAUUCAGCAUCGUGAGAAUCUCAAAUUUCAUUCCCCCUGCCCAGUUCUAAAACCGUGUAGCGUCAAUGUUCUGAAGAUGCAUUUGAAAGCAAGUUUGCAACGGCUGCUGGAAUCUCAGCUGCCAGAGGGGCAGUUGAAUCAGAUUUGCUAGGCAUUGGCUUUAGUGGCCUGCACAGAUCCCGAUUCUCUUUUACAGUAUGCUGUCAGAAUCGGAGUAAAUAAUGCAAAAGAGUGAAAGUUGCAGAAUUAAGCAAAAUUAAAAGCUGCAGAGUUGACCAAAAUAAAAGGCUAUUGUGUAUAUUGUACUGAAUUCACAUCAUGCAUUCAUGUUGUAGAAUUUAGAUCAUCAGAGCAAAGGAAUAUGUGCUUCUUCUAACACAGGGUUGCCCAAACUUAGGUUUCCAGCUGUUUGUGCACCACAAUUCCCAUCAUCCCCAGCCAUUGAUCCUACUAGCUAGGGAUGAAGGGAGUUGUAGUCCAAAACCAGCUGGAUAUCCAAGUUUGGGAAACCCUGUUCUGAAACAUGGCACUGUGGGUCUCCUCCCACCACAAAACCCACUACAGUGGUACCUCGGGUUACAUACGCUUCAGGUUACAUACACUUCAUGUUACAGACUCCGCUAACCCAGAAAUAGUGCUUCAGGUUAAGAACUUUGCUUCAGGAUGAGAACAGAAAUCGUGCUCCAGUGGCACGGCGGCAGCAGGAGGCCCCAUUAGCUAAAGUGGUGCUUCAGGUUAAGAACAGUUUCAGGUUAAGAAGGGACCUCCGGAACGAAUUAAGUACUUAACCUGAGGUACCACUGUACUAUUUGUAAGGAACAGAUCAGGGAAUUAGAUACUACGUUCAAAUAACCAUGGUAUAAGCUUGCAAAAGAUUUUACUUUUUGUUCACCAUUAGGAGCUGGGGAACAGGAGAGGCACUUGGGUGUCUCACCAGACUUCGUAUGGCAAGUACUGUAUUUUUUGCUCUAUAAGACUCACUUUUCCCCUCCUAAAAAGUAAGGGGAAAUUUGUGUGCGUCUUAUGGAGCGAAUGCAGGCUGCACAUCUAUCACAGAAGCCAGAACAGCAAGAGGGAUUGCUGCUUUCACUGCGCAGCGAUCCCUCUUGCUGUUCUGGCUUCUGAGAUUCAGAAUUUCCUCCUCCAAAAACUAGGUGCGUCUUGUGGUCUGGUGCGUCUUAUAGAGCGAAAAAUACGGUAACUUCUGACCAGAACCUACAGUGGAAACUUGUGGUUCCUUAGCUGGCUCAGUUUUGUCCCCCUCCCCCUUCACUUUAGCCACGUAAAAGUGCUAAACCAAUAACAGUGUUUUCUUCCCCCUCUUAUUUUUUUUAGCUUUCUGGAAAAAAAAGUUAUUGAUAUAGAAGACAAGCAUACGUCCCAGUUACAGUCGAUUAGAGAUGAGAAAGAUAAGCUCCAGUCACUCGUGUCCAGACAGAACUCCACAAUAGAAGAACUAGAAAAACAGCUGGCCACGGCCACAGCCAACAACUCGUUCCUGCAAAAACAGCAACACGAUCUGAGGGAGACUGUGCAGAGCCUGUUCUCUAUGAUUUCUACACCAAACCGUAAGUGGAGUAGAAGACGCUAAUUGCUGCAGUGAGAAACAAUUUCCUUUUUGGUGAGCCUUCCCCCACCUCUGCAAUGACCCUCAGAUUAUUUCCAAGUGUAAAGUAUAAUUAUAACAGGUAUGCGUAGGCUUACACCAGUUUGUUGCCCUUCCAUGUGGGUAAGAAAGAAAGGAAUGAUGAGGGCCAAAGAUACUCUGAGCCUGGCACCAGCGUGAGAUCUGGUUAGCCCACUUCCCUGUGUGUGUGUCGAACCUCAUACCAUAGUAAUUCUGAGAAUGACAAGCCUGCGGGUCACCCACAAGGCCAAAGCCUCUGGCACCAUGACAGUGUGACCACAGAGGACUAACUUCUGCCAAAGACAAUUCUGGUUGCUCUCUAGUAUCUGAAUUAAAUUAACCCUUUGAGGCGCCAGAGGCUGUCUUUUCCAGCUUGUGUGACACCAGCAAUGAGGAGGACCCAGCUAACGCCAACUAAAGCCCUUCACAGUCCCCGUUUUGUGAUUCUAGGGGGUUUCUCUGAGGUUGAUUAGGUUUAGCUCCCACGCUUUACACAAAAUCUCCCAAGCCGUAUGCACAGAAUUGAAAGUAACACGUUUAAAAUGUGAGAGGGAUGCUACUUGCUGUUAAUUGUUAACGGCCUCAGAACUUGAGAAGAUAUGAACAAACUUUUACUCCAUCAUUAAUUACCAUGAUUCUAUAUAUUCAGUGCUAUUUUUCUAGAAAAAGAGGUGCCAGAACUCAUUCUUCUUCUCUUAGAAUGGCAAUGGUGCCCACCUGAGAGGUGCCAGAAUUGAGUUCCAGCUGAAAAAAGCCGCAAGCAAACUCAUUCCCCAAGUGUGGAGUUUAUUUAAUGUAGCCAAAACAGUACCAUCCACACACAUGAAGACAGUAUUGGCAUGCUUGAUGAACUGCAUAUUUUGCAGAAGCACAAAAAAGAAGAAGAAAAAUGGAAUCACAGCAGCCCAAUGGGGACUGAGCAUACUGACUGGUUGUUGGAAGAAGGAAGAAAACUGGGGUGGGGGACGAUGACUGAAAUAAGGCAUGGCUAGCUGAACUGCUGCAUUCUUCACUGCACAUAUUUUAUUGCAGGUCCAUUUCUAUUUACAAAUACCGUAUUUUUUGCUCUAUAAGACACACUUUUUCCCUCCUAAAAAGUAAGGGGAAAUGUGUGUGCGUCUUAUGGAGCGAAUGCAGGCUGUGCAGCUAUCCCAGAAGCCAGAACAGCAAGAGGGAUUGCUGCUUUCACUGCGCAGCGAUCCCUUUUGCUGUUCUGGCUUCUGAGAUUCAGAAUAUUUUUUUUCUUGUUUUCCUCCUCCAAAAACUAGGUGCGUCUUGUGGUCUGGUGCAUCUUAUAGAGCGAAAAAUACGGUAGUUAUAAAUAUAGUUACGCAAACAUAAUAAACACAGAACCAAUUCAGAAUGUUUUCUUCUUCUUCUUUAAGCAAAACCACCAUGCCCUAUACAGGACAAUACAGUCCUCAAAGGCCUAAAGAUAGCCUGUUAAGCAUAUUUCCAAAACUCUGCGUGUUUCUGCUGAUGUUAUCUCCUAAGUUAGUGCACAAACAAGUAAACAGGCUGUGUUAGCCUCAGCACCGAUGUGGGAAAAAAAUAAAAUCCUGAACACUUGCCAGUGUCGGGGGGGGGGGCGCUUCUAAAAGUGUCAACUAUCAGAGGAGUGUGGAAAAACAAUUAAAAAGCUGGAAGCAACCUUGUACUUUAAGGAAACCAAAUUUAUGAAGCAGAUCUAAAAGGUAAACAAUCUGAAAGGCUUCAAACAAAUGAGGCAGAGGAGAGAAUAGUACAUAGCUAAAGUCAGCUCUGUAGAAGUUCUCUUAGAGGUUUUUCAAAUACAAUGGCCAUUUGAAUGCAUUUAUAUUAUAUGCUUAAUAUGUGCACUUGCUUUUCAGCAUCCAAUAAUGCUCUGGAAACUGGAGGAGAACACAUCAGUUUCAAGGACUGUGCUGAAGCAUUCAAAGCAGGACUGACAACCAGUGGUGUCUACACAUUAACAGUGCCAAACGCAGGAGACGCGAAAAAGGUAAAACAUUCUCUUGAUUAAAUUUAGGCAGGACCAGAUCCUCCUUCAAUAUUUCCCCCCCAAUAUCAUUGUGUCAGUUUUAAGUACUUUUAAACUCACCAUGAAACUCUGCUUUCCAAUUUAGAAAAGGAAAAUGCAACAACAGCAGUACAGUCUUAUGAACGAGUGCUAAGAAUGCUUUCCGUGUCCAUCCUUAUGUAGAUCAAGAGUCUGGAGACUGUCCAGUUGCAAACUUUGUUGACCACUAUGAUGUAUAGUUGUCCCCAUCUAAUUGUUCUUCAGUAGCUAGAUUGAUGGCCCCACCCCUUCUGCAAAUUCACAACACAACCACAUUCAUACACUGAAGGAGGCCAAGAAGCUGAGGAACAAACAAAUUAAGAAAACAUGGGAAGGGGAAAUACUCCCUCAAUAGCUUUAUGCAGCUCACCAUUUCAUAGUGAAACAAGAGUCUCGACAGGAGUGCCAGACAUGUCAGCCGGAGAAUCCCCCAGAGCAUUCAGGAAUCUGUCAGAUACCAGCAGUCUUCAAAAGCAGACUAACUCACUGGGUCCCACAUACUUGAAGAUUUAGCCCAAACCUCACCAGAGAGUGGUCUGUCUGAGGGACUUCUGGCAGUACCCUCACUGCGAGAAGUGAAGUCACAGGGAACCAGACAAGAGGGCCUUCUCGGUAGUGGUGCCCACCCUGUGGAACACCUUCCCAUCAGAUUUCAAGGAGACAACUAUACAACUUUUAGAAGACAUCCAAAGGCAUCAAACAUAACGUUUGAUGUUUUAUUUUAAUUUUUUAUAUAUCUGUUGGAAGCUGCUUAGCGUGGCUGGGGCAACUGAGUCAGAUGGUCAGGGUACAAAUAAUAAAAUGAUGAUGGUGACAAUGGAUUCAUAGUGAACACACACACAAUCAACAGAGUAUUUCCAUUCUGCUCUGUGGCAAAGACCAGGUUGAGGGUAUGACCAGUUACAUGUAUUGCACCACUGAUGUAUUGAAAAAGCCGCAUAGCUAUCGUGGAGGCCAUGAAGUCCUGAUAUGACCCAUCUGAAGCAGUUUUGGCAUGGAUAUAGAUGCCUCCCCCCACCCUCAACAACACUGUGAAAGGGUUCUCCAACCCCAACGCUGAACCUACCUCUGCCAGCUUGGUCAGGGAGAUUGUAGAGCAGUUGGGUGGACAGUACACUAGAAACAUCUGGUCCACAUUGGCUCUCACUGCGUCAAACAUAAACCACUUUUAGCACUGUAGUUUCAAUAUUCUGCACUUGGAUAUCUGCUCAGUUUUGUAAGUGACUUCAAUAGCCUUCUCAGUAUCUUACACGUCAGUCAACAGGCUUGUGGUGGAACAUGUCAGCUCUACAUAUUUCAAGUAAUCGUCAGGUUUCUGCAUACCACUGUUUUACUAUGUUUCUGUAAAGAGCUCUUUUUUAAAAGAGCAAAACAAUACACCCACCCAAAAUCAGGGUCAUUGUUAGGCCAGUAAUUAGGCAGUAUGAUUGAUGAUGCUAUUUUUAUUCCCAGACCUGCUACAUAGAAUACAAUGAUUAUAGUGUUUAGACUUCAUCAUACUGACUCUUAUUUGCAGAAGAAGUUUAAUGGAUUAUCACAGCCUUAGGAGUGCAAUCCAUCAAACACUAUUAUUGCACUGCCUUCAUUCAUUUCAGUGCAGUUUACAUGGAGCCACCUAUAGCACCCCUUGGAAAUUGAAGUUUUGCAGAAGCAGUCCUGGUGGGUAUCACUGCAUAUGGAAGCUGCAGAAUUGCUACCAUUACAUCAAUAGAGAAAAUAUGGGUGACAUUUUUGUAGGCUGGGAUAGAUGUCCAAAUUAUUAUCUCAAACUGCCAUUUAUUUCAGAGGUUAUUGAUGUUAUUUUACUUACUUUGUGAGCGGUGACACAGAAUUGCCUUUCAUUUGUUAGACUCUGGCUGUUUGUGUUUUGAUCUUUUUCCUCUCGGCGUUUAUUCUGUUUUGAUCUUUUUCCUCUCGAUGCUGACUCUAAAUUCUCAAGAGACUUAUAAACACUGCUGCACAAUGUAUUUUACUGGGCUUGUUUUCCCCCCUGCAAGCUUUCAUUGGAAAGCACAGUGUAAAACUGACAUGCUAAAAACUGACAAGGCAAAAAACCACUGUACUGUUGUUAGAAGUGAUCUCAUUUCUCCCCUAUCUUAAGAAACAAUAAUCAUUUAAGAGGGCCAUAUUAUAUUUACCUACUACAUGCAACUGAAAAAUAGCUUGAGGCAGGUUAGUGGGACCCCAAAGAAAUAUCACACCAUCAUGCCACACCACAAACAGCAGAAGUUUCAAAAACUCUUAGCUUGGUGCCAGGAAGGGCUGCUGUUUGAAAAGCACAUAGCCAAAAUCUCAAUGAGCACGUGGUUGUUUAGAGUCUAACUUUGGCCUCCCGUUUCAUAGAAAUUCUAUACAUUCUGUUGCCAAAAUGUUCUUUGUGCACUUCAAUGAUUUUGUGAAUCCUAUGGUUGUUUACUCUUUCAGUGCAACACCCAUUUGGAAAACCCUUGCCCUUUUAAAUAAUAAAUUACGCCUUUUAGUAGCCGAAACGUUCAAACCAAUUCUGUUGAGGAAACUGAAGGGCCAUAGUAAAUAACCUCCUGAACUAGAACUAGUCAUGCAUUUUUUGAAGGGGAUGCAUUCCAUCUACCAUGAUCUACCUAAUCCAAUCCUUAAUUAUAUGGGCUUCUGUCCAUCAAUAAUGCUCCUUAGUUUUCAGCUUUAUGUAGGUCUCCCCCAGAGCAACAAAGAAAGGCCUUCAAAAACAAAAUGAAAACAGAAGUGUUUUGGAAACCAAAAUUGGCAGCAAAAUACAGGAUGUGAUGGAAGGAGACUUUAGCUAACAUUUUAACCAUUUCAGGAAUAUGGUUUCAUUGCAACACAAUCUGCAGCCCUACAGAUGCCAACUCCCAUCAGCCUCAGCCAGCAAAGCUAAUGGACAGGUAGGAUAGGAAUUGUAGUGCAGCAACAAGUUUCCUUUGCCUAUCUGUUGGAGAGGCCUCUGUGAAUUCAUGAAUCUCUAAGUUUCAUGAAACCUCCGUAUCAGACUAGAUCAGGCAUUGGCAAACUCGGCCCUCCAGAUGUUUUGGGACUGCAACUCCCAUCAUCCCUAGCUAACAGGACCAGUGGUCUGGGAUGAUGGGAAUUGUAGUCCCAAAACAUCUGGAGGGCCAAGUUUGCCUAUGCCUGGACUAGAUGGUUAGCAUAGGCAGCUUUAAGGGCAAUAAUGGAGACCAAUAAGGAAAAUAAUGGCGGCAAGUUGUUGUUGUUGUUGUUUAGUCAUUUAGUCAUGUCCGACUCUUCGUGACCCCAUGGACCAGAGCACGCCAGGCACUCCUGUCUUCCACUGCCUCCCGCAGUUUGGUCAAACUCAUGCUGGUAGCUUCAAGAACACUGUCCAGCCAUCUCGUCCUCUGUCAUCCCCUUCUCCUUGUGCCCUCAAUCUUUCCCAACAUCAGGGUCUUUUCCAGGGAGUCGUCUCUUCUCAUGAGGUGGCCAAAGUAUUGCAGGCUUAGCUUCAGGAUCUGUCCUUCCAGUGAGCACUCAGGGCUGAUUUCCUUCAGAAUGGAGAGGUUUGAUCUUCUUGCAGUCCAUGGGACUCUCAAGAGUCUCCUCCAACACCAUAAUUCAAAAGCAUCAAUUCUUCGGCGAUCAGCUUUCUUUAUGGUCCAGCUCUCACUUCCAUACAUCACUACUGGUUGCUUUCUACUUGCCAGUAAUGGUGGCAAGUAGAAAGCAACAAUUCCCCUUCAACUUUCAAAUGAACGAUUGAUACGACAGGGACCGUUUAUUUGUGUACAACUAGUGCAGGAGCACUUUGGACUUGUCCCCUGAAUGCUCAGGGCAGUUUUUCUCCCUCCACAGCAUCCUUGAGUUCAUACUUGUUAUCUAUCUUGCUGGAUUAAGGUAACAACGUUUGCAUAGCAAGCAGCUCAUUUUAGUUAUAGAAGUUCACCGGGGAUUCUCAGCCUAGCCUACCUCACAGGGUGGUUGUGCGGAUUAAAGGAUGAGGGGGAAGAACCAUGUAUGCGCCACCUUGAGCUCUUUGGAAUAAAAGUUGGAGUAAAAGCUAUUAAUACAACAACAUAACAUAACAUAACAUAACAUAACAUAACAUAACAAAAAUGCUAUGGAAAUGAGCGAGUGUCUUCCCAUUCCCUCCUCCCAUUUACAGUAAUGCUUUUUUUGCCAGAAUUUCUAUCAGAUAGAAUGAAUCAAAUGAAAUGUGAGUAAUUUCAAUGUUUGUAUGUACUGACAGACAUACUGUGAUAUGGAGACCAGCGGAGGAGGUUGGACGAUUAUUCAGCGACGCUCAGACGGCAAAGUUGACUUUGACCGGACGUGGGCGGAGUACAAAGCGGUAAGGCAGAACUGCCAUAAUCUUGAACAAUUUAACCUCUGAAUAGCUUUGAUUAUAACUGAGGUCACCCACACAAUUGGAGGUUAUAAGAUCUUUCAUAGCUCUGGACCUAAGUUCCUUUUAACCAGAGAAGGCAGGAGGAUGAAACUAGGGUCUUCUACAGGCAAACCAUAGGCCCAGUAGCUAAGCUCUGGAUGUUUAACAUGAAUGAUAAAACUUAGAUCUAUGUAAUAAGGCGUUUUCUUCGGGUGAAACUAGAGCAAUCUUACCUGCCUUAUGUUACUGCAUGAGAGGCAUCUGUGUUUUAGAAAGGAAUUUUUAGCCCACACAUUGGCUAUUAACACGGUGAUGUUUAAUUUAUGGUGGUUUUUUUUUUAUAAAAAAUUAAUGGGUAUUUCCACUGGCAUUUUGCCCCACAGUUAGCAAGAACAAAGUUCCAUUUUGUUUCCAGGCUCCUAAGUUUACGUUUGUUGAAAUCUACUUCUCAAAAAAAUAGAAAGACCAGAAAUUUUGGCAUUGCGAAGUGUUUUAUGUGAUGACAGAUUGACAACCGUAACAUUUUAUUUUUUGGGAUGGCGUGACCUGCUGACUUCAGAGUCAAACAAAACUAAUACAGUUAAAAUGUCCAAUUUGGAUUACAGGGAUUUGGGAAUCCUUCUGGGGAGUACUGGCUGGGCAAUGAGUUAGUUUUCCAACUAACCAAUCAGAAGCAGUAUGUUCUUAGAAUACAGUUGAAGGACUGGGAAGCAAAUGAGGCAUAUUCCUUAUAUGAACAUUUCUAUCUUGCAAACGAAGAACUAAAAUACAGGUAAGUCAACGCUGAAAAGAGCUAGACCAUUGCUCGUCUAUAAACUUAAUUGCUACUUUGUUUUUUUAAUGUUAUAACCAUUUGACAAGGAACCAAUAUAUUGACUUGAAAGAUAAUGGGAAAUGGUGAAAUGCAAUAUGCAGCAGAAUCCUAUACACAUGGCCUUUGCGAUGGAAUCCCUGUUGAGUUCAACAGAAAUUACUCCCCGGUAUGCAUGUAUAGGAAUGCAACCCUAAGCUCCUUUUUAUUGUUUUGAAGAUAGAAGCAUGCCUUUUCCCCGUGGGUGGAAAAUCACCUGCCGAGAGGGCAUUUUGAGUGGAGAAAUGGGCAGGAGGAAGCGUCAAGCAAUUCCUCCACUUAAACUCAAAGCCUUCCCAGUUUGGGAAAAAGAUACACCUUGUUCGGGCAUCAGUCACUGAGUAUAGAUCACCAUAGGAUCUUUUCCUUUGCCUUACUAGCUCUGACAGUCAAUGAAGAAUUCAUGGUAAUUUAUUGUACAUACGGUAUGUACCAUUCUAUAAUAUUCACUGCACCUCAAAAGGAAUGUUUUAGAGUUGGAAAAGGAUCAGGAAAGGGGAACCAACAUGAUCAAGGUGCUAGGGAGACUCCUCUAUGGGGAAAGGUUACAACAUUUGGGCCUUUUUGUUUUAAGGAAAAAAGGAAGAGUAAAAGGGGACACGAUAGAUUAUUAAGUGUGGAGAAAUUGGAAAGCAAGAGGUUUUCCCUCUUAUAAAACUAGAACCUGAGGUCAUCCAAUGGAGCUGAAUAGUGGAAGAGCCAGGACAGACAAAUGAAGUAUAAUUAAACGAUGGAGUUUGCAUCCAUCAUAUGUAGUGAUGGCCACCAACAUGGAUGCCUUUAAAAAUGGAUAAUAAUAAUAAUAAUAAUAAUAAUAAUAAUAAUUUAAUUUAUAUCCCUCCCAUCUGACUGGGAGUCACUCUGGGCAGCUUACAACACAUAUAAAAACACAACAAAACAUAAAACAUUAAAAAACAAAAUAUCCUAUAUGAGCAACAAACAAACCAAUAAAUCAAAAGAAACUAAAAACAACAGUAACAAUAAACAGUUUACAGUUAUGCCCAAAUUAAAGUCACUGCCAAGCCCAACUAAACAUUUAACCAACACCAACCCAACAAAAACAAAACAGAGGAAGCAAAAUUAGAACCGUUUAAAACAUAUUAUCCAGUUGUCCCAACCCAAGAGCUGUCCCAGCAACAAAUUUGUGGUGUAAGACUAUGAGCGGUUACUAGAUAUGAUGUCUAUGUCCUCUGAAUGCCAGUUGCUGGGCAGCACAAUUGUGAAGAGUGCAGUUGUGCUUAUGCGUUUGCAUGUAGGCUUCCCCAGGGCAUCUGACUGGGCACACUGAGAACAGGGUGCUGGGCUGGACAGACUAGAGUCUGCAGGGUUCUGCCUAUAUUAAAAAAUGAAGAUUUUCUAGCAAGGACAUUAGUUUUGACUUAGGUACAGCCCACUUAAGCAUUCUGUGGGUCACAGCAACAUCCUAAAGAAAGCUUUCGUUUCUUCUUCAUUAGGAAACAAAAUAUCAUUCUGUCUCCAACAUAAAUAUUUCCUCAUCUGAAAAUAGUUAGGCUCUACAGCAGGGAUUUUUUUUUUUUAAAUCAAGGCAAUAUAAUCUUUAUAAAGGUAACUUUUGCAAAAUGGGUCAUUGCCCUUGUCCAUUCACAUUAUUAAAAAGCAAUUUCUACAGAACAAGAUAGCUGUCUGCAAAUAUAGGUCCUUUUGAAAUGCAACCAAGUUUUUGAGCCACAAAACGUAGUGUUUGAAAACAUGUUUCACUUACGAAACAUAGAUUAUUUUGAUAGUCAACCUGACGGUGAAGCUAUAUAGCAACACUACUUGAAAGCAGUUUCUGCUUAUCAUUUUGAAAACUUUGAAAUGCAAAGCAGCUGAGAAAAAGCCAAAAUAAACACUGAUAUAGAUUAAAUAAAAUGGCAGCUGCUGAGGGAAUCCAACAUAAACUAGCAAUGACAGUCUCCCCUAGCCAUCCACUGAACAUGAUCCAUGCACAGAUACAGCCUGAAAAAGGCUGCAUGUACCACCAAGAGUUACAUGUCUAGUGAUUUCAGCUGUGCACACUUUCCCCAAAAGAAAAUAUGUAAAUCUCGACUGGGAGAUGGAGAGACUUGAUCCGGACCUCACUGACUGCUGUUGUUCAAGCAUAAGUCAUUAUAUGUUGUGCAUAGAUAUUCUAAAGCUCGGUGUAUUGUACCUAUAAGCCAUGAUGAUACAGGAAGCAUUUGGUAGAUCUGGCUUUGUCAGACAUUAAAUGUUUUCAAACGCACAGGUGGAAUGGUUGCCAGAAAAUGGCUUCAGAUGUAUGUCAUCUGAAUGCUCAGUGCUGAAUCUGAGGCGAUGUUCCCACGCUAUAUAUCUGUAGCCAUUUGCUGGCUUGCACUCACAGACAUUUUCAAAUGACAAGUAGGAAAAUGUCAAAGCACAUCACUUCAUCAGGGCAAUGAGACUGAAUUAUCAAACUUUGGAUACAUCCCCUUCAGGUUCUCUGUAUUGCUCCUGAGAGAGACCAGACUCCUUUCUGAAUAACGUCUUAAAUGUUUAUAAAUGCUAGCAUAAAAAAUAGACUCUGUUAUAUAGCAAUUGGCUUGAACAGUCUCUUUCUUUCAGAAUCUUAAGAGAAGCAGUGGGGGGCUGAGAACGUUUGAAAAAUAAGACCACUUCUUGCAGGAAUAUAAAUUGUAAGCUUUCUAAUUCCAACUUGGACCUGCAAGGAAGAAUACUUUCUGUGCCAAAACACCAGAGCACUAGUGUUAUAUCCCAGCUGAAGAACUGUAUGUUUCAACAGGUCAAGCAAUUCCAUCAAUGUGAAUUUGCAUACAAAAAUUAUAUUCUGAAGAGGAAAAAACACUUUCUUUGGCUUUAGAUCGCGAGCAGAGAACCUGUGGUCCUUCCAGAAGGCUCUGGACUGUAAUUCAGUCACAGUUAAUAUCUAUUCAAACCUCUUUGUUGUUUUUGCUAAUCUAGUACAACAGUUCAGAAGCAAACAAGGCUAUUUCUCUUCCAGAACAACACAUUUUGUUGACAAGAAGUUCCUGGCAUACUGUGUGCAAAAGACACAUAGUAGAUCAUUAACUGGAGAACAGAACAGGAUACUUCUUGGAAAACGCUUCCUUUCCAGCACAGACUUCACCACCACAAUUGCUUCAGCAUGUAUUCGUUUGUUUCCCAUUUUGCUUUUCUACAGGAUCCACCUUAAAGGAGUUACGGGGACGGCAGGGAAAAUAAGCAGCAUAAGCCAACCAGGAAAUGGUUUUAGCACAAAGGAUGCAGACAAUGACAAAUGUAUCUGCAAAUGCUCACAAAUGCUAACAGGAGGUAAGAGUAGCAUUUUCUGCUCACUUCCUAUUUUCAGACUCUUCCUAUUUCUGCUGGCGCUGAAUCGAGCCAUAAAAGUAGAUUUUGCCAUGGUAUCUGGGCAAAACCAUGAAAAGUCCGAAAUGUUGCAAUUUGAUGGCUUCCACAUUUUUCCAUUUUGAUACUCACUUUUGAAUAAAUAGCACAUAACCGAUUAACCAAAAAGUAGACACAUUCAGUUGCCAGGGCUGUGCUCAACAGAACAGCAGUAAGUUCUGGUUUUGCAUCGCAGCAGCAAAAUACCUGGGACACUGCGAUACAACCACUAGGACUUUAUGACUGCAGGGGUGCAAUCUGCAAUGUAGCUUGUCCAAGUCAGAUUAUGCGCACAGACAGAGAAAGUGAAGAAAAUAUGGGAAUGGCGAACAGUCAAAUCAUCAACUUUCUUCCCUCCUUUUGAACCGGUGUAAUGUCACAAUAAUAGUAUGACAGUGUUAACUGACGAAACCUGAGUACAAAGUACUGUGACCUAUAGCUAAAUCGGACCUUGGGAUGCAACAUAGAAUUAGAUAAUGGCUGCAUUUGGACUAAAUGCUCAAACAUGGUGUAUCAUUACAAGACUACACCUAGUCUCAGCGGGCUCACAUGCUCCCCUUCCUAUCUUCUCUUUCUGCAAGGAGGAGAUUCAAAAAAAGGUACAGUUUCCAUUUUAGGUGUCAUUUGAACACUAAAUUGUGGUUAAUCUUAACUACAGUUAGCAAAAACCAGACAGCCUAAUAAACUAUGGCUUGGCUUGUUUCCACUAACCAUAGUUAAUACUGCCCAAAGUUUGUGCAGUCUUGCCCGAUGUGGACCAGCUGCAGUUAAUACUACUAAUAAAAAACCUCUUCCUUGUGGCUACGGGGAAGAGAGCAGAGUGCAUGAGCUCAGGGGAGGCUAGGCUAGUUCUCCUAACUCUAAACUAUAGUUUAGUGUUUCGUUCCAGCGUGCUUGGUGCAGCUGCAGUUAACUCUAUGCAGGCACUUACUGGGCUCUAAGCAUUUUUGAACUCCUGGAUUCCUCCCGAUACCUCCAGUAUCGGAGGCAAAUACCGUAUUUUUCGCUCUAUAGGACGCACCGGACAAAAGGACACACCUUGUUUUAUAGGGGGGAGAACAAGAAAAAAAAUUCUUCCCCUCUCUGCCCAGCGCCCCUUCAGCGAAGUGGCAGGAGGUGCUGCACAGAGAGGGGGAGAAUUUCCCCCCCUUGUUUUCCCCCUCUAAAACAAGGUGCCGUUCAAGGUGCAAGGUGUGCACCGACCCCUCUCGCUCUCCAGGCUUCAGGUUCCUUUCGACCUGCUCUUUGGGGCUGGCGGGGGGAAGCCCACCUCCAGCCCCAAAGAGCAGGUUGGGGAGCAGCGGAAAGGCGCGCAGCAGAGAGGCUGCUGCCAUAGCCGUGCGCCACCUCUCCAGCCGGGAGAGGGUCGCGGGGCUAUGGCAAUACCCCCACCUCCCGCAAAAGCCCACAGGAGCCACACACCCUUUAAGGAGCACGCGGCUCCCGUGGGCUUUUCUACGAGGAGGGAGAAGGGACUGACUGGCCGCGUCAGUCCCUUGUCCCUCCUGAGAAAAAGCCCGCAAGAGCUGUGCGGAGCUUGUGUGCGGCUUUUGGGGGCUUUUCCUGCCUGUCUUCCCCCUGCAUUCGCUCCAUAGGACGCACACACAUUUGCCCUUCAUUUUUGGAGGGGAAAAAGUGCGUCCUAUAGAGCGAAAAAUACGGUACUUCUGAAUGCCAUUUGCUGGGGCAUAACAGUAGGAAAGCUCAUAUCCUGCUUGUGGGAUUCCCAUAGGCAAGUGGUUGGCCACUGUGGGAAACAGGAUAUUGAGCUGGAUAGGCCUUUGGUCUGAUCCAGCAGAGCUGUUCUUAUGUUCCUACCACAGGAACUUCACUCUGUAAACACUGCAGCAACUGCUAUUACGCAUAGUAAUAACAAUUAGAAAUAAUUGUGCAGGCCCAGCAAAAGUAACUAGCGCCACUAGAACAGCUCAUUUUUUAAACUCACCAUUUUUAGAUAUAUCUAGGAACUAUAAAACCUAGAGAAUGGCAACAGAGGGGAUUCUGUUGCCCAGAAGCGGAUAAAAUUUGCAGGCACGGCAUCCUCCUCUGAAGGGAUGAAUACUUUCCACAUAAGAAAAGGAUAGCUGCUGUGGUUUUCUUGCAGAAGAAAGCUUCAGGUUCUGGGGUGCCUGAAACAAUUCCCUAUGGCUUAGGAUCAAUUUGUAUAACAACAGUGUUUAUAAUAAAGGUGCCCCUAGAGAAGAAACCAGCUAAUAGGUCCAGGGAUUUUUGUGUUUGUGGGUCUUUUAAAGUUGACUGAGCAGAGAAUUAAAAGGGGGCGAUCAAAUUUGAUCCAGUGUGUUGAAGCACUUGAUCCAGCACAAGGAUCUCAGGAUGAGUGCCAAGAGGGCUACAUCAUGUUGAACUUGUGCACUAAGAUAUAUGUCUUUGAUAUAAAGCAGUUCCUGUUCAGCUUACUUAGAAUGAGAGUAGCUAGAACAGCAGGUGUCAGGUGUAUACGUGUAUAUAACAUAUACACAUAUACAUAUAUUCUAGUAUGUUGUGUACGUGUGAUUAUUUUAAGAUUUAUAAAAAAAUCUGAGAAUCUGUAUAAACAACUUGAAAGCAAUGCAUCUAUUAUUAUUUUUUCACGCUCCCUUUCAUUUAUAUUUUUUUAAACAGGAUGGUGGUUUGAUGCAUGCGGUCCUUCCAAUCUGAAUGGCCUGUACUAUCCAUUGCGACAGAACACAAACAAAUUUAAAGGAAUUAAAUGGUACUACUGGAAAGGCGCAGGCUACUCUCUCAAGGCCACAACUAUGAUGAUCCGACCAGCAGAUUUCUAAAAACAUUUGCUCUUUGUAUGAAGUGCCUAUUGAAAUAACUUCAAAAUACUAUAUUUGACAAAUAUUUUAAGACCACAGAUGCAGCUUAACUGGUUUUUCUCCGCCUGGAUAACAUGCACAUAUAUCCUUCGGGAAUCAGCUUGUUUUCAACAGCCACUGAAUUUCAUCGCAAUUAAAUGUCAAGCAAGAAGAGGUAUCUGAUGCAAUAAUGACUUGGCAAAAGAGAACAAUAAAAGGACUCCCAACCAGCUUAAGGUGUUUGUGCAUAACUGGAACUGUGAAAUACAUCUAGAUCAUAAACAGAAAUUACUUAAGCUUUCGAAGUGAUUCUUUAUGCCCUUUUACUGAACUUUAAUGACUACCUUAAAACAAGGGACACUUAUUUGGUCAUCUUUAUUGUAUUCCUAUUCCUAUUCCUAUCUCAUGCCAUGGUUGUAAUUAUGUACAUAAGCACAUUGUUUUGUAAUUACUUCCUGUAGUCUGAUUCCUACCAUUUGUAAUCACAUAUUUGGGGAUAUUUGGUAGCCCAUACUAGUAUAUUUAAUAAGGAUUUGUAAAAAAUAUUUCUAUGCUUUACAUCCAGUACCAAGUAUAUAAUAAUAGACAACUAUUUCCCCCUUUUAAUAUAUCAGAUAUUUCCAUCAGUAUUUUAAAAGUCAGAAUAGCCCUGCAACACAUAUUGUGUGGUUAAAUAUAUUUUGUAGGAAAAUUGCACUUUUCUUCUUUCCUAGUUCCUUUAUGUUUAAAUAACACCCAGUAGUUGGGACAUUUCUCGGUAUUUUGGAUGCAUUUAAACAACAGCAAACUGUUUCUGCUUUCUCUGAGAAUUAAGUACGGAUUAGAGCAGGAGUAUCGGGACCAGCUUCCCGGGUGAAAGUUGACAUUCUGAUAACAGAUGAUUGACAGGAGGGUUGCCCCCACCCACCUGUCAAAAGCCUUUUCACAACAUUUCCACUUAGGAAUCACACCAUAAGGGAUGUUGUCAGCCCCAUGUCUGGUGAAUGGGGCGGUUUCAUUAGAAAUUUUACAUGACUUGAAAGUUUGAAUAUUCCCGUACUAACAGGCCUUUGUCAACAGAAGGUAAAGGGGAAGAAAUUUUUUUGUCACCAUUUGAUUGGAUAUAUUGUGAGCACACUUCUGUUGUUGAUUCAUAUUCCAAGAUAAAAAAAUGACUUAUUUCUGAAAAAGUUAAAAAGUAAAUCAUGUAUUACUUACUGGGGCUG